UAAAGUAACAAACCAGGAAGUCUACGAACUUCCACAACAUAAUGAGAAGAGCUGAGGUUAUACAUUGCUGUUCUAUCUGAUCUGGACACUUCCUUGAGCUAAAGUCCUAUUUGAGGAAUGGACACAUAAUAAACCCCUACAUCUACUUUUUAUUCAAGAGAAGGUCCACAGAUCAAGGCUGGAAAACACCAGGACCCCCAGGUAUGCCAACCCACUUUACAGCAAACAGACCAAGAGACAGAGUCGCACAAAGCAACAAGAUCCUCUCCUAAAUAACUGCAGUAUAACUAUGUAUAUAUUAUAUUAAUAGGUUUUUUUUUUUUUUUUAAAUGCUUACAUUUUAUCUAUAAGAUAACAAAGCAGUGAAAUGUACUGGAAAUUAACUGUUUGAAUAUGUUUAAAUGUUCUUGAUAAAAAUGUACUAAUCACUAAAUCACUAAACACUAAUCAAAAAGUUUAAAUUGUGUUCAUGAUUUCCCAAAUUGUUAUUUUUGUAAAUACAAUGUUUCUGGUGAUUUACAAAACUACUUACGUUUUAGUUUGAUAAAUGAGUUUUCAAUGUAUGUCCUUUUAUUUAUUUAUUUUAUAUAAUUUGUACACAACAUAAGAAAUACGUGUUCCUGAUUAUUAAUGCUGCAACUGUUUAUAGCCAGGUAGUGUGUUAGCCAUUCUUGUUGCCACAAGACUCCAUGGAAGUCUGCACAUACCAUAAUUGACAUAUCCUUUGUACAGACAUUAACAUAAUUAUUUUUUUUAGUUACACUGUAUACUUUGUAUAAUAUGAAUUUGUAAAAGGUUUAGUUUAUACAUAUAGGCCAGCUAGUGCAUUAUCUACUUAAUGAAUUCAAUGGUACAUAUUGUUACUUUGGGUUUUGUUACUAUAAUGGGGUAUUCCCCCUUAAUCUUUUAAUUUGAUCAUUUAUUUUUAUUUAUAUUAAGAUAGUCUAACGCGUUUAUACAGCAAGAUCAAAUUGACUUUUACCUCUAUAUUUAGUGGCAUUUGCUAUAUUUUUAAUGUAGUACUAAAGAUCUUAACAUGUAUAGCUUGAAGGAAAGACGAGACGGGGGGAUAUGAUAGAAACAUUUAAAUAUAUAAAGGGAAUCAACACAGUAAAGGAGGAGACUAUAUUUAAAAGAAGAAAAACUACCACAACAAGAGAACAUCAGGAAGUAUUAUUUUACUGAGAGGGUAGUGGAUGCAUGGAAUAGGCUUCCAGCUGAAGUGGUAGAGGUUAGCACAGUUUAGGCAUGUGUGGGAUAGGUAUAAGGCUAUCACAGCUAAAAGAUAAGGCCAUUGCAUAAUGAAAUAUUUAUGAAAAUUGGGUAGACUAGAUGGGCCGAAUGGUUCUUAUCUGCCGUCACGUUCUAUGUUUCUAUAAAGAGCACACUUAUUGUUGGUAUUCUGCCUUUAAACUCUUUCAGAUGACUUUUUUUAGAUACAGAUAAUUCUUUAAAGGAGAAUAUACGCCACUGAAAAAAAAAUGGAAAAACUUUUGUUUUGAUACAUUUUUUUUGUCUUUUAAAUUUAUAUUAACUAUUUAGGAAAUCACCUCGCACUCUAUUUCAGACAAGGCAAAGCCAGGAUGAAUAAAAGCAAACAUUGUUUUAUUUCUCCCCUUCUCUAUGCUGCCUGGCAGGUGUAAAGGACAGAGCUUGUAACAAUGACUGGCACAAGGUGAUAUGGAGGAGUGCCCUGUCCAGCCCCUAUUACCAAAAUUAAAAACACACACCUGAUUUUCAUGUGGGGGCAUAAGGGGGACCAUAUUUUCUCGCAGUCGUUUUUAUGUUUACUAGGUAUGUACAAACAUAUAUAUGUAUGUCUGUGUGUAUAUAUAAUGUGCAAGUUGGCUGGGAAGUGCUGGCCAAUCACUACAUGGUUAAUCCUUGCAUCAUGAUGGUUAUUUAACCAUUUGCCUGCUGACUGUUAGUGCUGCCAGUGAGGAAACUGGACACUGACGAGCAUGUUCAUUUGUUUUGUGAUUCUGUGUUCUUUCCAUAACUCCAAAAAGAGAUGAUUGAUAGAAAGACGGCCCCUAAAUGUUUUAUUCUAUUGGUAACUUUACAGAUUAAGUGUAAAGUGACCAACAGAGAAACAAAUGGAGGAGCAGUUAGAAUCUAUAUUUACAUAUUUACAUGUCCUGAUGAAAGCUCCGUAAUGGAGCUGAAACGUUGAUAUCAUUUUGAAUAAAGAAGAAUAACUUGAAAAUCCUUGGAGUGCCGGUAUUCCCUCUGUAUAUAUUGCUAAGCUACCAGAGCACCAGGUACCAUUAUUUCUUGGCUGGAGUGCAAGGGCUUUUCACAUAUAUAUAUAUAUGUAUUUGUGCUCGGAAUUUCUAAUAGGUAAUGGAAUGUAUAAGAAGAUGCAAAGUUGGUUGAGGUGUGCUGAAACUAAUCUACGAGUAGGCCUGUAAUAAAAAGAGGGCCUACAAAGGUGAAACGUAUAUAUAGAUGGGUGUAGGUGGGUGGGGACAAACAGCUUGAACGGCAAAGGUGAGUAGGUGCUAGGAGUUUAAAUAGGGGCCAUAACUCCUCCCACAAAUUCAGGCCUAAUGGCCUUUUAACUUGUGCUCAGAAUUUCUAAUAGGUAAUGGAAUGUAUAAGAAGAUGCAAAGUUGGUUGAGGUGUGCCGAAACCAACGUACGAGUAGGCCUGUAAUAAAAAGAGGGCAAAAGGAGGAUUCAAAGUAAACACACUUUAUUACAAGUUACAAAGCAAGAUUUCUGAAAGCUUGUCGAAGCUCCCUCUCUGGUCGUUGUAUGUAGGUAUUAUAAAUUGAGGAUUUCCAGCAACCCAGUCUCUUAAUGAUGUGGACUGGUGUGUUAGAACUAGAUGCUGAAGAUGCUGCGCCUAUGCGGAAGGAGUGACCAGAGAAGGAAGCUGGGUUGUAGUCCAACCUUGCUAGUAGAGUUCUGACGUGAGAAGUGAAUUUAGCUCUGGUGAGUGGGUGCCCUUGGAGUAGUAAUAGUGGAGUGUCAGGUGAGUACGUGUGGUGAGACAAUAAGAGUAUGUCAAGUACUUUGACUGGGCACCAAACAUUCUCGUUAGAGAAGAGGGGAAUGAUAGUGGGAUAAGUGGUGUGGUUAGUUUUAGUAGACGGUAAUGAAAUUACGUAGUGGUCUUCUACUUUCUUUAGAUGAGAAAGUUUCAGGCUUAAUGUGGUAUCUAUUUGACGUAUGACUGUGAACUCCCUAGGUCUGAGAAAACCGUAGAAAGCCAUAAAGAUGGCGGCUUUAAUAACCAGAUUUGUGUUAAAGUCAAAUGGGGAUUUGUCCAGUAGGCCGCUAAGUGGCCUAAAAAUAGGACCAUCUAUAGGCAAUCUGUUGUCUAUCCCAUUUGCACAACAGCAUGUGAAAUUGAUUGUCACUCAGUGUUGCUUUCUAAGUGGACAGUUUCAUUUCACAGAAGUGUGAUUGACUUGGAGUUCCAUUGUGUUGUUUAAGUGUUCCCUUUUGAGCAGUGUAGUUUACAGUACAGUUAUUGGCUCAUUAUGGCACCUUUUUGGUUUGUCUGAACUGUUUUCUCAAAUAUUUUGCAUGGACAAUAUUAGGCAGGUAGAGCCACUCAGUGGGCAAAUAUCGUACUACCCUCCAAAUUAAUAUUAUUAUUUUGUUUUAUACGAAUUGAUUUAAGGAAAUCAAAUAUUUUGUCCCUUCACAAGUCUACAGAUAAUCUAAUUAGCUCAGGAGUAAAGUGUGAGCAAAAAUGUAAGUAAAACCUCAACCAACUUGCUAUUGGGUGUGAAUUGUGAGUAAACUACUCAAGGUAUUUACUACAAGAUGAAAAUCACAAGCAGAGUUAAUGGGGCUGAUGGUUAUUGCUCUUAGAAGUGUUCAUAUGUGAAGCAAAAUUAAACCAUUGCUCUAAUAAAUAUCUAAAUUGUAAAUAUCUAAAAUACAAAGUUGUCUCCUAACCUUGCUCAGUGAUUGGCAAAUGGUAAAUUUGCUUAUGCAAAUAGAAAUUUAGGUAGGCAGGUUUAAUACUAGAUGGUUUUCAUGGUUAUCUGUUUAUUUCUGCUACAGCAGUAACCUCCAAAUGUGUAAAUCAUCAUGUGGACUGUGGUCCCUCUGUGUCAUAGAACAAGAUUUUAUACCAUAGUUUCAUGUAUUGCUAAUACUGAGAAAUAAACAUUGUAAUUUAGAAUUGUUGCAUGACAGUAUUGCUUAAGACAAUAGCGCUCACACUUUCUUCAUUUUUUGAGAUUCUCAACCAAAGUUUAUUUGGUGUGAAGCCACCCAUAGAUUUUAUUAUUUUAUUAUUGCUUCUCUACUUUUUCCACCUAUAUAUUUAAUUUAGAUUUUUCUUACGGCAAUACUUUAAAACAUCUGAAGACAGCACUGCAGAUAAGAAACCAGAGCAAUUCAGCAUUACAUUGAAAUUAUGUGUUUUUUCCUUGUUGCGUGACAGGCAACCUUGCGGACAUUUUACAGCUUAUAGAAGAAUUUCACAGUGGCCGUAAACUCAUCAGUGCAUGCUAUUUUUCAUCAUAGUAGUGUGUUUGAAAUAUUUUGAACUUUGGAAGUUAAAGAACAAAUAAGAAGGGAACAUUUAUAUUGGGACACGUUUGUUCUAUUUCAUUGGUAAUUGACCCCACCAUUUUAUAAUAGGUGCUUGACAUACAGUACAAGACACAUUUGAAUUUACAUCAGAAUUAUACAGAAUAAAAAUAAAAUGUUUUUGUAAGCACCAAUACUUUUGCAGUAGCUAAUGGACCUAUGCUUUUGAUUAAGGUUUACUAGCUAUCUCUGAACACUAUAUGCAAUUCAGUUUAUCCAUUGUAAUACUCCUUGUAAAACCAUAAAUCUUCUCUAAUACACAAGUUUUAUGAAUGUAGGUCAAAUACCCCCAAAGACCAUAUGUAUGCAAUUUGUAUUGCAUAUCACUCUUGAGUUCAAUAGGUGCUCUGGAGUUCAGCAACUAUAAUAGCUUUAAAGUCAACAGUACUGUAAGCUGAAUCUCAUAACAAUAAACUCCUAUCUGUCAGUGUGCAAAGUGCUCCAGGGUCCAAAAUAAGAUUAAAAAAAAAGGUAAACUUACGUACACAUUUAUGAUGCACCCUAAGCAUUCUUCUUCUCUCCUCUGACGUAAAGUUCACAGUGUGGGAAAAAGGAACACCUGUUUAUUAACAAAGCAGCCAGGGACUCUGCAUUUUCUGAAGAAACUCCAGUAUUCAGAAAGUUAAAUUAGAUUUGUUUACAGUGUGUUUGCAGUUGACGUUUUCUAUCAGAACAUGGGCUUAAUGGACUUAAUGAAAGCUUAUGUUUGGGGUGAAACAUUGACUGUUCACAAAUGUAAUUAAAAUGUACUGAAUACAUUAAAUAAUCAAAACUAUAUAUGUGAAUGGCGCUUUCACAGUGCUAACACGGUUGUAGGUGUGAAAGGUGUUCCCCAACACCCUAAGCAAAUAAACAAUUAAUUACUUAGAUAAGAACACACACACUAAGUAUACACACCCUCUCCUGUGCAGAAAGAAAUAAAGUGCUAUAAGUCAGAAGAAAUACUUAUGCAUUUGUAGACAAUAUAUAGUUGAUGGUCCAUAUGUAUAUUCUAAAAUAACAGAAAAAUAGAACAGCACAUAGUGUAUACUGUUAUGACCAAUAGAUAAAUAUCAAAUAUGGAAAUACACUCACAGAUUACAGAGCCGUGCCAGGCUCUGUAAAUUGCGCCCAAGGGUGCCUAAUAGGCAGAAUUGGAGGUCCUGAGUACUUAGGCAUUCACAGAUGGAUCAGGAGGUACAGCACUAAUGGCAAAACGUAGCAAUUUAUUGAAGCAAAGUAUUAAAACAAGAUAAAACAAGUCUCUUAAUAGUGACACACAGUCUUUAACACAUGAGUUUUCCUCAGUGCAUGAGAAAAUGUCCAAAUUGCUGCCUUUUGAAUUCACCGCUUGUGAGUCAGCCGGUCACGUGGACGGAAGUUCGGCUAUUCCGGCGUCUGAUGUCACUUCCGGUUUGUCGGCGCUAAUUCAUCAUAUCCUCCUUAGUGGUUUCCUUUUGCCCAUUCUAGGCAUAGUCCUUCAUACCACUACAGGGCAAAUUUAUCUAAUACUAAACUGGCAAUAAAUGAAGAUAAUUUCAUACAUACCAAUCUAAAAGAAAAAUCUAUUUUUUUUCCCAAACAACUCAUUAGCGGAGCAAUGAAAGUGUUUGAAAAAUUAGUUAAAAGAUGUAAGGAAUAUGUAAAAAAAAAAAUGGAAUAACCCUAAUUUUCUACAAAUUAAAGCUCUUCGGGAACUACAAAGAAAUCUAAAUAUUAUAAUAAAAUCAGCAGAUAAAGGUGGAGGCAUCAUGAUACUAAAUGUUAAAGAUUACAUUGAAGAAGUGUACAGACAGCUGAACGAUGUCUCCCCCUAUAUCAAAUGAAAUGCCGACGCCACACCCAGCAGAAAAAAGAAAUAUGUCCAGCUAUUAGAUAAAGAAUUUGAAAAUGGUAUCUUAAACAAAAAUAAAUAUAACUACGUGAAUAUGAAAGUAUGCCAUAUACCAGUAUUUUAUAUAUUCCCAGAAAUCCACAAAGAUCAUAAGAAACCUCCCGGAAGACCAAUAGUGUCCGGGAUAGGUUCCCUAUUAAGUAGACUAUUUGAAUAUAUCGACAGACAACUCCAGUCACUGGUUACAUCAUAACCGACAUAUUUAAGAGUCUCAACGCAAUUAUUAAAUAUCCUACAAAGCCUACAGUGGCAGGAAGAUUAUUAUUUGGUAACAUGUGAUGUAUCCAGUCUAUAUCCGAUUAUUUUACAUGAAUUGGGCUGUGGAGUGAUUAAACAAUUUUUAAUAGAGAGCCAGAAGUUCAUUGAUAGUCAAGUAAAUUUUAUAAUAGAGAGUAUCCAUCUGAUUUUGACAAAUAACUUUUUCUGGUUCGAUGGCUCCUUCUCUUUGCAACUCAAUGGCACUGCAAUGGGAACCAGAUUCUCUCCCAGUUAUGCCAACCUUUUUAUGUCUCAUUGGGAGGAAUCUUUCCUACCAAGGUGUGGUGAUGGGCAUACGGGUCUGGUCCUCUAUCGCAGAUAUAUAGAUGACAUCUUUUUUAUAUGGAAAGGCACUAAGACCACUUUAGACACAUUUUUAUGUGAUCUUAAUAGUAACCAUAUGAAUAUUGUUUUAACUAGUCAUAUUAGUCAGACUCAAGUCCAAUUUUUAGAUUUAGAUAUAUAUAUUCAGAAUAACCAAAUCCAUACUAGGACAUUUUUAAAGCAAGUAGAUGUUAAUGGUUACAUUGACACCACGAGCUGCCACUACGACCCAUGGCCGCACAAUGUACCUUAAAGUCAAUUCACUCGUAUUUUUAAAAAUUGUAAUAAUACUGUAGAAUACAAAAAAACAAGCCCAACAUCUAAAAACAUUUUAUGUAGAGAAAAAAUACGAUCAGCUUAUAUUGGAAAUACUAAAUUCAGGAAGUCAAAAAAUUGAAAAGAGAGACACUGUUGGAAUAUAAGAACAAAGAGACUAGUAAUAAAACAGAAGAACCCCUCUUAAUCUUAGAUUUUAAUGGGGAUGCUAAUCGAGUAAAAUUUAUUAUCAAUAAAUACUGGUAUAUUUUAAAAACAGAUGAGGACCUAAAUAAGAUAAUUAAUGAGAAACCAAAAAUUAUAUAUGGAGGUACAAGAAAUCUUCAGACUGUUUUGGUAAAAACCAUAUCAAAGCAAAUAAUAAAUCUAAUGCUUUUAACCAAAAGAAAGGCUUUUACCCUUGUAAGAUGUGCACAGCAUGUAAAAAAACAAAAUUUAAAACAAAAACACGCAGAUUAAAUUAAUUUCAAAAUCUACUAAACUCUAUUUUGACGUGCCAUUCCACCAAUGUAAUAUACCUUCUCUGGUGCCCCUGUAGACUAUGGUACGUGGGGAUGACCACUAGGUCAUUCAAAACAUGUAUACAAGAACACAUGGGCAAUAUACAGAGGGGUUAUACUAAACAUAGUGUUUCUGCAUGUUUUGCACAGCACCAUGAUAGUGACCCUUUAUGUAUUAGUUUUACUGUCAUUAGCCAGAAAAACAAAGACUGGAGAGGCAAGGACAAGUUUAAAGAAUUAAGUAACUUGGAAAGUAGGUGGCUAUUUGAGUUGGACACUCUAUACCCAAAUAGUCCUAAUUUAGAUUUCGAAUUGGCCUAUUUUCUUUAAAUAUUUUUGAGAUUUUUUUUAGGUCCUCUAUGCCUAUCCAGUCUUUAAUUAUACAUGUAUUUUUUAUAUGUGAUCUUACUGUAUAUAUUGUCUCACCAUAUAUAUUUUUGUUUUUUAUAGGUUAGGUUUUAUGGUAUUUACAGUGGAGAUUUUUUUAGUUGUUAUUAUUUAUCAUUAUCUUUUUAACAAUAUUCCUAAGGAACACUAUAACCAGCGUUUGGAAAAUUUAAAUUUAUAUGGUUUAUUUUUAUUCUUAUUAUUUUUUACCUCUUUAUGUAUUUCUAUUUUGAAUAUAUAUUGCCCGGUUAGUAUUAGAUACAUUUGUCCUGUAGUGAUAUGGAGGUCUAUGCCUAGAAUGUGCAAAAGGAAACCACUAAGGAAGAUAUGAUAAAUUUGCUCCGAAAAAACAGAAGUGAUAUCAGAUGCCAGAAUAGCCGAACUUCAGCCCAUGUGACCGGUUGACUUAGCGGCGAAUUCAAAAGGCAGCAAUUUGGACAUCUUCUCAUGCACUGAGGAAAACUUGUGGAGAGUUGAAACACAUCUACAUGUGUUAAAGACUGUGUGUCACAAUUAAGGGACUUUUUUUGCAGUUUCUUUUAUUUUGUUUUAAUACUUUGCUUCAAUAUAUUGCUACUUUUUACCAUUAUUGCUGCCCUCCUGAUCUAUCUGAGACUGGCCUAAUCCCUCAGGACCUCCAAUUCUGCCUAUUAGCCACCCUUGGGUGCAAUAUACAGAGCCUGGUAUGGCUCUGUAAUCUGUGAGUGUAUUUUCGUAUUUGAUAUUUAUCUAUCGGUCAUCACAGUAUAUACUAUGUGCUGUUCUAUUUUUCUGUUAUUUUAGAAUAUACAUAUGGAACAUCAACUAUAUAUGUCUACAAAUGCAUACGUAUUUCUUCUGAUUUAUAGCACUUGAGUCCUUUCUGUACUGAAUACAUUGUCUGUAGCUUUUGAGAAGAUCCCCAAGUGCUCUCUGAUCUUUUGAGUGACCCGUGGGCAAGAGAUGCCAGUUAGGGCUUCUGUAGAUAAAAUAAUUGAAUAGUGUAUAAACGUCUUCAGACACAUCCUUUGAAAUAGGCCCUAUGUUGCCACAAAAAUAAAUUUUAUUUUUAUUUAUUAAUUGUGAAAUGGGGUGCAGCCACCCAAUGGUGCUCCACUAUCUCUGAUCAAACUGUCUUUUUGCCAGGUGCAAAAAUGCUGUUCGUCCAUAAACAAAUCAAAAUCCUUUUAAUCCUCACCCACAUUAAUCAAUUCACUUUUAUUUUCCAGGUUAAUGGAUUAAAAGGAUUUUUAAUUCUGAUGAUUCAGUUCAUUUAUGCAUGAACCACAUUUUUUGCUCAUCUACUGUGUUUUUUUUAUUUAUUUUUUUUAUUCAUUAAUUGCUUCCCAGCACUCGGUCUGUACUGGGCACUAAGGCUUGAUUUUAUAUUAUUAGCAUUUAUAUAACAGCAACUGAUUUCACGUCAAUUUACAGUCGUACAGUAAGGGCAUAAUAACAAUUAAUUGACAGACAAAAGCAAUGUUGGAAAUACAAGAGCUGAAAAGGAUCCUGCUCAAAUGAGCUUGAUAGAGUAACAUCAAAAGCAGAUACAACAUCUCAUGACUGCUGACCCACAAUAAGAAAGUUAGUGUGUAUAUAUAUAUAAAAUGCCCCUAUAUUCCCACAAUACGCCAUCUGCCCCACCCAAAUAAGAAAACUGCCAACAUAUUAAAUAGGGAACUGGCACAGCUUUUUUGACAUGCUUAACUUGCCAACAACAAUAACAAAUACAAUCUGCCAGCUGCUUGGUGAGAGAGUCAACAGUUUUAAUAUUGAUGACCAAUCAUCUGAAGAAGUCUGUAUUACACCAUCAGCCUUCAUGCAGACUGUGAAUCCCCAAGCCCGUGAUUGGCAAAGCUUCAUCUUCAAUUAAAUACUGAGCUGGCAGGAAUAAAAGGAAAGAAAAGAAAUAAAACUGAUGGACCAAAGCAAGUGAACAAAUAAUGGUGAGGGAGGAUAAAAGCAGGACAGCCUCACUCAACCCCAAUGAAUCCACUUUUAUUUACUUUAGCAACGCAAUAACAAAUUCCUAGCUAACCACCCCAAAAGGUGUGAGCAGCAGUGACAAUCCUUCCUCAGAUACGCAGGAGGAUGUCAAUCACAUAAGAUCGAGAGUCCAGGGAUCAUGAUCAAGGAAGAAGUAGGUGUGCUAUAUGUCACAUAUGUAAUCCAGAACUACAGUGGCAUUGGGCCCAUCAGAUUUUUCAUCUCUACGCCCAUGACACCUUAAGUCCUCCACUGACUGUGAUCUCAGUUACCCUAAUAACCAUGGCCACAGCAGAUAGAAAGAUUGAUCCGUACAGUUCAGAUUUACAAACAAUGUAUUUCCUCUGCAUGGAUUGUUUUACACUUAUUUAGUCCCUAAAUUGAGAAUGUGAUAAAAGAUAUGUUAACGUAUUCACAUGUAGCGAAUAAACCCUUUAGUAUCUGUAUCUCACUCUUAUUAUUAGUGCUUCUAUCUCCUUACCAUUAUAAAUGUGUCCCAACAUGUCAAAACUCUCUUGUUGUGAUGUUAACAAGGGGCCUAAAGUUGGUCAGGAGUUUCUUUGAUCUUUUUUAUGCACUUUACUUUAGUUUCUUCCUUUAUUAUUAUUAUUAUUAUUAUCAUUAUAAUUUAUACAUGGACAAGUGUCAAAAUAUUGUUCAACGCUGAAUAAUUGGGGUGAUAAAUACAGAACUUUGUAUGGAUGGAAAAUUUGGCUCCUCCAAUUUGCUAUUUCCCAAUUUUUUUUUUCGGGCAAGCCGAAUUUAAUUUGUGCUUUGGUUUGAUUCACCGAAUUAUCACUUAAAAGACCCUAUGUAACUUAGAAUGACAAACAAAUAGACAUUAGGGUGUCAAAUAACUAGAUCUUCAGGGUUUCAACCAAAGUACCUAUAGUUUGGCCACAUCAUAUCAGCCACACGGACCUAGGAACCCUAGUAGAGUUACUCUCUUCAGUUAUAACAGGGGAGUUACUAAUUGCUAAUUCUAUUAAUUGGUAUAAUAAUUCAUAGCGAUAAUUAUAGCGAUCCAUGGUGGAGCUAUUUUAAUAGUGAUGUUGCGAACACAAAAUUUUCGGUUCGCGAAUGGCGAACGUGAACUUCCGCAAAUGUUCGCGAACCCGCGAACCGGGCGAACCGCCAUAGACUUCAAUGGGCAGGCGAAUUUUAAAACACACAGGGACUCUUUCUGGCCACAAUAGGAAUGUAAAGUUGUUUCAAGGGGACUAACACCUGGACUGUUUAUUACACAGUUGAUGCAGAGUCUGGUUUUAAUCCAUAAAGGGCAGAAAUCAACUAACAUUCCUAAAUCACAAUGAAUAUGGAUUGACACCUGACAUAUGACAUAUUGACACCUUGACAUAUGGAUUGACACCUGUCCUCAGAGCCCCUGAUGCACACGGACACAGAGCAGAAUAGAGACUGGUCCCCCUACAUUGGGUCACUUGGCAGAUAUGGAUUGACACCCGUCCUCAGAGACCAUGAUACACACUGACACAGAGCAGAAUAGAGACUGUUCCCCCUACAUAGGGUCACUUGGCAGAUAUGGAUUGACACCUGUCCUCAGAGACCAUGAUACACACUGACAGAGCAGAAUAGAGACUGUUCCCCCUACAUAGGGUCACUUGGCAGAUAUGAAUUGACACCUGUCUUAAGGAUCCCUGAUACACACUGAAACAGAGCAGAAUAGGGACUGUUCCCCCUACAUAGGGUCACUUGGCAGAUAUGGAUUGACACCUGUCCUCAGAGCCCCUGAUACACACUGACACAGAGUAGAAUAGGGACUGUUACCCCUACAUAGGGUCACUUGGCAGAUAUGGCGUGGUCGUGGGAGGAGGAGGAUGACUUUCACCUCUUUCCCUGUUAGAUUCCCGUUGUGCUGUGACAUCACCCUUAUACGCUGUGUAAAGCAUACUUUUUAAUUUAUUUUGCAAAUGUUGCAUCCUUUCCGACUUGUAAUUCGGUCACAUUUCCGCCACUGUCUGCUUAUACCGGUGGUCUAGUAGCGUGGACACCCAGCACAGGUCGUUCUCCUUCAGCCUUUUUAUAUGAGGGUCCCUCAACAGGCACGACAGCAUGAAAGACCCCAUUUGCACAAGGUUGGAUGAAAAGCUGCCUCUGCCCUCCCUUUGACCCUUGUACAGAGCUUGACAUUCUGCUGGCUAUCCCAGCGCAAGAGCUGACAUCAGGGCAGAAUAGAGACUGUUCCUCCUACAUAGGGUCACUUGGCAGAUAUGGAUUGACUGUUCCCCCUACAUACACACUAUUGGAUCUCGCAAAACUUACCAAGGAUCUAAAUCAUGUUCCCGUAUUGUACAUGAAAAACCUACUCAUACAAAAUCUCUUCCCAAACGUCAUUUCGUUCAAAGUGGAGAAAAUGUUAAAAAAUAUAUUUUUGUUGUGAGUGAGAAAUGCUUUUCAGCCGCUUCCAAUCUUAAGCAUCAUUUGAGGAACCAUACAGGAGAGAAACCUUAUUUUUGUUCUGAUUGUGGGAAAUAUUUAUCUCAAAGAGGCCACUUUUAUAUUCAAUCUAUAACAGUGAAAAAAGUUUUUUGGUUUUAAAUGCAAGCUAUUGUGACACCAGUGAGUGAGUGGUGGCACUGGGCACCGUAUCCACUGUGAGCCUGACACACCCGCUUUAAGGACACUGACUGCUAUUCAAUCUAUAACAGUGAAAAAAGUUUUUUGUUUUUAAAUGCAAGCCAUUGUGACACCAGAUAUGAGUGGUGGCACUGACUGGGCAAAUGGGCACAGUAUCCACUGUGAGCCUGACACAGAAGCUGGCAGCAGUGGCAGACAACUAACUGCAAUUACAUUACACAGAAAAAAAAGCAGACUGAUGUUCUAGCCCUAAAAAGGGCUUUUUGGGGUGCUGUCCUUACAGCAGAGAUCAGAUGAGUCCUUCAGGACUGUAGUGGACACUGUAUACCCUAACCUAGCUAUGCAUUUCCCUAUCUAAUCAACAGCAGCUACACUUUCCCUCCUCUCACUAAGCAUGCAGCUUGAGAAUGAAUGUAAAAUGGAUGCCGUCCAGUAGGUGGGAGGGUCUGCUAGGGAGGGUGUGCUGCUAAUUGGCUGGAAUGUGUCUGCUGACUGUGAGGUACAGGGUCAAAGUUUACUCAGUGAUGACGAAUAGGGGGCGGAUCGAACCGCGCAUGUGUUCGCCGUCCGCGGUGGACGCGAUCACGCUAUGUUCACCGGGAACUGUUCGCCGACGAACCGUUCGGUGCAUCACUAUAUUUUAAUUUUCAAGGGUCAGACAAUUUUUUUUAACCCCUUAAGGACCAAACUUCUGGAAUAAAAGGGAAUCAUAACAUGAUUGCUACUUGUUUUUCUCUCCUUAAGUUUAAAGGGCAAUCCAGACGUGGACUCCUUGCUCAUGGUGCCUAGAGGGAUAUUGACUAUACCUCACUGAUGAUACCUUACAAGGUUGAAACAAUUGUCUGGGGUUGCUGUAUCUCUUGUGCAGAGGGAACUUGCUGGUAUUUUGGAUCUGGACUGCCCAUAUGGGUGGUACCAGUCUGAUAUUUUUCAGAUAUGUUCUCUCUGUAAUGGCACUAGAUGAGCUAAAACCAGCUUGAGAUCUGAGCGGGGACCCACCGAAGGGUAGGCAAAUUGAGCUGUUGUCAGUUCUCAUCUCUCUUGUUACUUGUUUUUCUCUGUUUUUAAAUAUCGUUUUGGAAAAUGGUUUAUUUCAUUUUAACAAUUCUCAACAAACUAUUUCCUUGCAAUUUUGAAUAUCUUCUAUUAUUUUUAUUCCCAAAUAACAUAUUACUUUCUUAGCCCAUGUAUAUUAUAUUUUGAUCUAAUUCUCUGUUAGAUUACAGCCCAUUGUAACCAAUUUGUCUAUAUUGAUCCUGAGGUUAGAAACUUUAGUACACUGUAUAUAAAUAAAGGUGCUAAAAAAUUAAAUAAGAAAAGAUAAAUAAACUAUAACUCAAAAAGCUGCACCUCACCAGUGUAAAAGCUCAUAACACAGAAGCAAAAUAAGAACUGAAAAGGUGCUGUGUCUUCAAGGCAAUAGAUAUUACACAAAUAGUGCGAUGUGAUGUUGAAACUAUUUCAUUUAUAAUACACAUUAGUGAAAACCUCGGUAUAGGCUGCAAAUUCUUUCAUAAGGUGUUCUAAAGAGGUAAUUGGGUUGGUCAUUGUUACUAGAUUGGUAAUUGGUAAUUGGGUCUGUCAUUGGGUCAUCUGCGUAUAAAUUUAGUUUAAAUUCUUGUUAGUGAAAGGGAAUUCUUUAAUAUUUUUUAUUAUCCCUUAUCCUAGUUGCAAAAGGUUCUAAAAAUAUAUAUAUAAAGUAAUGGAGAGAGCAGACAGCACGGCCUGGUUCCAUUUAACAAUGGGAACUAGUCAGAGCAGAUAUACUGUCCAGCUAUUCCCACUCUCUGUGAUUUAUAAAGGGACAUUCUUGCCCUGUGGAUUCAACCAUCCACUCCACAAUUUUAGUAAUAAAUAUCCAAAUUUACAAAUAACCUAAAUAAGCAAACUAAUAAAUAAAUAUCAAAAAUAACAAAAGACAAAAUAUAAUGUGCGCUGUGACUUUAAGAUUAUGCUCACAAAAAACUCUUGUGUAUUGCAAUCAACACCAGCAAAUAAACAAUUAAACAAAGUGCUUGUUCUAAAAGGCAAAAUUGCAAAUCCUUCUGCAAAGAAUGUAAUAAUUGUUCAAAUGUUUUUGUGUGCAAAUACACACAAGUGUAUAUAUUAUUGCAACAUAAAAGUGCAUCAACCUUAAACAUAGAUGUUAAGAACCUCAGUGGUUAUGGUACUGAGUUCUUCUAUUCCUUUCCCAAUAGCUGCGUAUAAAUGAUUAUAGUUGCAGUUAGGGUGUAAAGGAACAGUGUAGAUGAAUGCAGCUUUCAAGACGAAUCUUCCUAGCAAAUAAAAGAUUACCCAAGCAUGAGCCUAGACUUCAUGAAGGGUACAACAGGAAUCAUGUUUUAUUGAUGCCACACUGGCUUUUAUGGAAAUCCUUGUGCAAGAGGACUUCCCACAAUAAACAAAAGGAACAACCAAUCAUAACACAGAAUUACAGUAAAACCCUCCCUUCCUCUGCCUGGGAGAUAAUGAGAUAAGUUAAGGAAUAACCCAAUUAUCUCCUGGCAGAGGGCACACAAUUUCCCCAAAACUUGGAACACCCCUUUAUACACAAGGUAUCCCCACAAAUGACUUGUCCCCUGAUAGCCCCAAUCUGGGAGACCAACAUAUUCAAAUUUCACCCAGAUCGGUUCAGGGGUUCUCAAAAAGUGUGGAAAUCUUAGUUCACCGACCGCACACGAGGCUCCUGCCCGAAACAGUUCCACGAAUUCAGUGUGUGCGGUCAGUCAAUUCAGAAAACAGCAUAAAAACAAAUAAAAGAAUGAAUGGAGCCUCCUGGCUCAUAGGAGCAAUUGUUCCCCGUGUUCGUAUAAUCAAACUACCGAAUGGUGCUCUCCUAGCUGUUUGGCCACAAAAGGAAGCAGGCAUUCGUAUGUUUCAGCGGUGUUCGGUAAGUCUAGUGUCCGAUUUUAGUUCCAGACACUCGACGACCAAGUCCUGCUGCCUCCUCUCUAGCAAACAGGAUGGCCGCCAUUUUCUCUUCCACGUGGCAUUCGGCUAUACGAACAGUGGCUGCCCAGAGAGCGCUUAAUAGACGGUUCCUUUUGAAGAUAAUGAACCAGGAGGGUGGUCGGUGUUUGGUAGUUUAAUCUACCUAACCAAUAAAUCCAAAAUAACAAAAUACAGCAGAAAGUCACAAAUUAAAGAAGAAAACACUAAACAUAAGUCUAUUUUCUUCACAAUAGAAAAGUACAUUAUACAGCUUAAGUGAGCCAAUAUACAAUUUAAAUUCAAACCUGAUACUGGACUUACAAACUUUGUUCACAAAAGUCGCUCUCUCACAUGUAAAAAAAUACAUAAAAAGAAAAAUAGUGUAAUAUUGCCAACACACUUAAUUAAUAAAGAAUAUGUUAUAGCACUCACAAACGUUGAGCAUGUGAGUGACUGCUCAGGCUAUUUGGGCUUUCUCACUGUAUCACAGUGUGGCCAGACUUCAAUCCUCAAUAAAUGUGAUGGACAGACAAAAAUAAAAGUGUAACAACUUUAUUUUUACUUUUUUUAAAAAAACAAAAAAACAGCAGGCACUCCAAUUUGGUCCUUCCUCUCCACGGCAAUACAACUCAGAAGUAACACUCGUUUUUUACCAGAUGCUGGCACCUCUGGCAUUCCGGAGUCUCCUUGCUCAUUCCGGGAGGUGGGGUCCACAACGUCCUGAGUCACGACAUGAUGGCGUGUUUCUACAUAAUUGGCUUCUUUAGAUCAUGUGUAUCGGUCAGUGUCCAUCUUUUAAGUCUGCCCUUAUGAGCGUGUAUCUCUUCAAAAGUUCACAGAUUGGUGCAGUUUCAAGUCUUUAUGCAAAUUUCCUCUCUGCACCAAUUAGAGUCAUUACUGCAUACUAGUCCUUAAAGAGGCAGGGAUCUUGUUAUGUUUCAGGAAUGUUAGACAAGAUGGAGGAACACAACUGAAGAAUUAAUAGGUAGUACUAUACAUUUAAGAAAAGCAAAAAAAUUUACUUCGGAUUCUUUGAGAGAUUUUAUUUAUCUUUAGUGAAUUUAAGUUGAAGACAAAUAUCACUUAAUUGCAGUUUGUCAUGUAGUAAGAAGAAAGACUUUGCCGAAAUGUUCUGUUUGCAACAAUUGUAAAAAAAGAAAAAGUAACAAUGUCCUUAAUUAUGCGAAGUAGGAGUUAGAAUGCAGCAUAGGAAUUAGUGUUGGAUAGAUUGUAGAAAUGUAACAACUUUAAGUAGUAGCAGACGUUCUUAAUAACUUGAUUAGUAGUUGAUAAGUGGCACAAAGAAUUUGAUUAGCCAUAUUUGCAGAGUUGCAGCAAUAAUUAGAUUUGAUAAGUGGCACAAAGAAUUUGAUUAGACUUAUAUGCAGAGUUGCAGCAAUAAUUAGAUUUGAUAAGUGGCACAUAGAACUUAAUGAAACUUAUAUGCAGAAUUGCAGCAAGAAGUAAAUUGAUAGAAAAUAUUUAGUGAUAUUAUGGUUUUCCGUGAAAUUCCUGAAGAUGAAGUUAUUAGUAGAUUUUGAAGGGAUUAAACAUAUCUAGGUAUUUUAGUAGUAACAAUCCAAUUUGUUUGAGAGUUAAUGAAUUCAGGAGUCCGUCCUGGUCUGGUAGUAGAUGAUGACAGCGUGGUAUAGUAUUCAAACAAGCAAGAGAUAACUGACAGGAUACUGUGUGGAUACUGACAGGUUAAUAUUUUCCUUAGUCCUUUCCAAAACCUUAACCCCUUAAGGACACAACUUCUGGAAUAAAAGGGAAUCAUGAUGGAAUAUUUUGGUCAUGUGUCCUUAAGGGGUUAAAUUCUGGCCUGUGCAAACACACUAACUAUAUAAUCUCUGAGCAUUGUAGGCAAGUACAAUGGAACAUUUCUUGAAAUGGCAAAAUAAAUUAACUCACUGUCUGAAGAAUAGACAUGUGCAAUUCAUUUAGUUCCAAAUGUGAACUCAGACGAAUUUUGGGAAAUUCGGACAUUCGCAUGCUUCUGAAUGUCCGAAGUAGCGAAGUGCCGAAUUUCCGAAGUGCCAUAUUUCCGAAUUGCCGAAUUUCAGAAGUGCCGAAGUGCUUCGGAUGUCUUAAAAGUGGCAAAACAGGAGAGGAAGGCAAAAUUACGUGAAUGAUGACAGGGGUAGGGGUAGCGUUAGGGUUAGGGAGCCCUAAAGAUGUUCCAAAGUCCCGAAUUGCUGAAGUCCCGAAUUGCAGAAUUUUGGAAGUGCCGAAUUUCCGAAUUUCUGAAGUACAAAUUUUAGAAGUGCCGAAACCGAAUCGAAUUGCUGAAUUUCGGAAGUGCCAAAGUGUUUCGGAUUUCUGAAAAGUGGCAAAACAAGAGAGGGUAGGAAAAUUACGUGAAUGAUGACAGGGUUAGGGUAAAGGGUAGGGCUAGGGGUAGAAGUAGGGGUAGGGUUAGGGUUAGGGAGCCCUAAAGAUGUUCGGAAUUCCGAAGUUCUGAAUUUUGGGCUGGUAAGCUAUGGCAGUUAUGUGUGUCAAUUAUGUAGCAGAUAGUGAUGGUCAAGCUAAGCUAAUGUCCUUGGUUAAAUCCUAAUGUAAGUAAUUGCAGGCAGGUUGUCUCCCAGUUCCAGCAUUCUAGCUGUAGAUUGGAGUUGUCAUAGGCAGGCUGCACCACAGCUCUGGUGUUUAAGUUGUUUUGGUUUUUCCUGUAACUAUGCGUAGCAUAAAAUGGGAGAACCUAAGUUUUUGGGCUUUAUGUUCACUGCUUAUGUUAGCUCCCCCACUAAUUGAUUUAUGAUUAAGCAGGAUGGGCUAAAAAAAACCUUCUGUCACUUACUUUGUUCCAGCACUGAUGUCCCUUGAUGCUGUCCAAGGCUCCGCCUCCGCUUCUCCCUAAAGUCAGUCAACGGGUGAACCCCUAAUGCUCAUGCGUGAUGAUGGCUGCGCUCACAUUAAGACUUCACCCACAGGAAAGCUUUAUACAAUGCUUUCCUAUGGGAUUUCGAGUGACGCAGUCGCCUAUCUACCCGAGAGUCCAUCUAGUGGCUGUUUGGUAGAUAGCCCUUAGAGGUGGAGUUAACCCUGCAAAGUAAUUAUUGCAAUUUAUUAAAACUGCAAUAAAUGUCUAUUCAAGGUUAGGGGACCUGGGACUAUGCACUCAGAAAACUACAACACACUGAAGUGGUCUGGGUGCCUAUAGUGUCCCUUUUACUUUUGUUUUAUAUUCCAUAUUUUUUCCCACAGUGUCACAUUUAAAAAAAAAAAAAAAAAAAAGGCUAGUCAUAUCAAGUCUUACCAGACAUUGCAAAAUGUUAUACAGAUUCCUAUUUUGUUUUACUUCACAAGUGUUGUCUUGUGCUGUUUCUCCUCCACAGACAGUUUCUUCUAUUGUGGGGGCAUUCAAUAAUUUAGCAGCCAGGUCCUCUUUAGAACCUGAAAACCAUGAACUGAAACUUAUCAGCAGCAAACACAUCAACAAUGCCUUCUUGGAGCAGGAACGUCCACACUAUCUGGAUAGACACAUUUCCGUCUAGAACUUCUGUCUUAAUUUUUCUUUCUCUUUAAAGAGAUCUGCUAACGCAGGACAUGGUUGAAUUGAUGCUCAUCCCUGACUGGGAUAGUGAGGAAUUUGUAUAGUCAUUGCUGCCACCCAUUUUGUAUAUUUGUAUUUGCUUUUUUAUUGCACAGCCAUGUUACAGUGCUGCUGCCCACCCCAUGUGUUCCCUAUUAAGUGUUGAUAAGUGUAAAAAAAAAAUCCCUUCUCUAUCUCAUUAGAGAUUUUACACUUUAGCUUAAAGCAGCAAGGUGAAUUGUUAGUGCAGAAAUAUAAAGCACCGCGCUUACAGCAGCAGUAGCUUAGUAUCCAACAGCUCAAAAUACAUAGUAAAAACAAAGAGAACAUUACCUGCGCUCUGGCCUAAAUCCCUAUGUACAUUUAAACAAAAUGGAGGCUCUUUAGUUUUAUUCCAAUGGCCAUUUAAAUAUAUAAGCUCACCUGCCACGUCAAGGCAAGCCUCAAUAGGUGAGUCCUACUCUAGCCAUUAGAUAUGCUGAUAUCAUUAGAGAUGUUUACACUUUGUCUGAUACCAGCAAAGUUUAUUGUAUGUGUAGAAGCCCUAUAAAGGGUUAAAUGUGAAAGGGUUUAUAAAAUAACCAUUCCUGUCUUAUUGGAAAUUCUAAUUGCUAGAGUAGGACUCACCUUUUGAGGCUUGCCUUUACGUGGCAGGUGAGCUUAUAUAUAUUUCCUUCAUAGCAUUUUCUGUUUACUUUAUAAUUCCUUAUCGCUUGCUCUGUUCAUUGCCUGCUGGACUUUGCAGGGGUCUUCUGUAAAAAGUUGAUGUGAUUGUAAUUAAAGUUUAAAUUACAGAGCAGGAGAUAAAAACUUCCAAAGCAAGUUAACAUAUGAUUGAAAAUGGAAACCAUUUUUUAAUGCAGACUGUGUGAGUCACAGCCAGGGGAGUUGUGGCUAGGACUGCAUAAACAGAAACAAAUUUAACUUCUAAAUGGCAGAGAAUUGAGCAGUGAGACAACGGUGGCAUGAUCUGUGUACCACAACUGUUCAUUAAGCAAAACAUUUUUGAUACCUAUGUAUCCCUUUCUUUUAAUUGAAAGUCUAGUACUGUUACUAUAAAUGUUUAACCUAAAGAUUAGUAUGUUUGUAAAGGUGUGUCUUAUGUUAACUGAAAGGGUUUUAUGGUUUAGUUUUAUUAGUUAUGUAUUUAAACAUCUAUAUUGUUCUGAGCGUUCUUAUGUUGAAAAAGGUCUGUGUAUAUUUAACCUUUUGUGCACUGUGUUAAUAAAAGAAGGAGAACUGGAAAUAGAAAAUGAGUGCUGCUCCAUUUUACUUUGUAAUGAUGAUAUCAUAUAAUCUAUUGCAUUAAUCUUUUUCACUGUUGAUGUUCAUAUCACUAUCACUCUUGUGAAUCUUUGUCAAUCUUUCUUUUAUUGAGAUGAUAGCAUUGUAUAGACAGGAGAGCUGUAGCCAGAACCUUUCCUACAUACUUACCACCACCGGACCACCAGGGAUGGCUGUGCCCCCCCCCAAACAAAUGGAUAACAGACUGACUAAAGAGAGAGUGCAGGCACUGCAAACAUGAUAUCGGUAUGCUAGAACUGUGGCCCAUCAUAUUUGCAACGAGGGUAAGGAAAUCAAAUAGUAUGGAUAUCAGCAUGAGGGAAAAACUUGGGAAGGCGAGCAUGUAUUAGGGCAGUCCAUUAAGUAAAUCCAAUUGUUAUCUAUCUGGGGGCUUGGGUCAGCUGAUGCCCUUGCUAGGUGGUAGGUGAGGGGAGGUGAGUUGCAUGAAGAGACUGAGUCCGAACAGGGCCAUCUCAUCGCCCCAGGCCGACACGAAGGCCUGCAUCCAUUGACCAAGAACUUUGGAGCUCUCGUUGGAGACCGAGUACUUCCCUGUAGGGGGAAGGCAAUGGAUCUUGAUGGUCUCUAGCUGCCUGUAGUGAUGGAUCCUCCGCGUGUGUGGUUGAGGCACUGGGAUCAUUUCCUUGUUGGUCUUCAGCCUGGGUGGGCCCCACGUGGGUGAUUGUACCACCAUCGUGGAAGGAGCACCCUGGAGGAGCCUGUUUUUCUCCCGUCUUCGCCCUCUACCGUAUCUGUCUCGAGGUGUGGUAGAAGCGUGGCCCAGAAUCUCUUAAAAAUCUCGGUCAGGCGUUGCUGUACCUGCUCCGAUGUGUCUCAUGUGGUCGUGUUAGUUGCCAGCAUGCGUAGUUGUAGCAUGUCCUCCAUCUUGGGGUGGUCUUCCCUGUUCAGGGCCUGCAUUAUUGUAGCUUUUGGAAGGCUGCAGCCAGUAGGGUUGUCCUCCAGUGGGUACCGGGAUAUCCCCCACCGGUCCAAAGGGGAGGGGAGACAGCCAGGCGCUGGUCGGACUGAGGAAGUGACCAUCUCACCCCAGCUCAAGCUCCAGUAGGCCUCCGUUUCCUUGUCCAGCAAUUCCGCUUUGUACAAGCUUGAGUGAGGUCUCUCUGGGUUCACUGGCUUCGACGUCACAAGGAAUUAGGGUCAAGAUUAACAUGUGGCUCGCCGUUAGCCUCGGAUAUCAGACGACAAACGCGGGAGCUCAGACGAGAUGAAUCUGACCCGUGAGGCAGUCAGGCCCCGUCCCCCCAUUCUUAUAAAUCUUAAAUGCUUUACAGAGGUCAGUUGAAUAUGACAAAGAGCUGAGGGUUGAAGGGCUGAGUGGAGAAUAUGUUUUUUAUAAAUGAUAUAGUAAGUAAACAGAAAAACAUUGAAGCGAAAAACUCUACAAAGCAUGCAUGAUUUUAUUAAAUAAAAUCUGACAUGAAAGCACCUUGCUCAAAGCUGCUACAGUAUAGUGAAGAAAGCCACCACUAGGAUUAGUAACUACCCUACCAUAACCCUAGAAGUAAUAUAAAAAAAUCACAAACAUUUUACAAUCACUGCAGUCAGACAAUCCCAAGUGUUACACAAAACUGAUAUGACCAGUUAGAUUGAUUUGAUGCACUGAAACAAUGGAGUGCACUGAUCAGCCACAUUAAAACCACCUGCCAAAUAUCGUGUAGGUCCUCCUUGUGCUGCCAAAACAGCUUUGACACAUCAUGCAUGGUCUCCAUAAGACCUUUGCAUAUGUCCAGUAGUAUCAGAUACCUAGACAUAAGCAGCAGAUCUUGCAAAUUGCGAGGCGGGACCUCCAUGGAUCGGGUUUGUUGUUCUAGCACAUCACACAGAUGCUUAAUCAGAUUGAGAUCAGGGUAAUUUGGAGGCCAAGGCAACACCUUGAACUCUUUGUCAUGUUCCUUAAACCAUUUCUGAUCAAUUCUUUGCAGUGUGGUAGGGUGCAUUAUCCUGCAGAAAGUGGUCACUACCAUCAGGAAAACACCAUUGUCAUGAAGGAGUGUACGUGGCCUGCAACAAUCACUAGGCAGGUGGUCUGUGUCAUGUAUCCAGGACCCAAGGUUUCCCAGCAGAACAUUGCCCAGAGCAUAACAUUGCCUUUGCUAGCCUGCCUUCUUCCCACAGUGCAUCCUGCUGCCAUUUCUUUCUCAGAUAAAAGACGCAUACGCAUCUAGCCAUUCAUUAGAACUAAAAGAAAGCAUGAUUUAUCAAACCAGGCUCCACUAUCCAUUCCUGAUGCUCAAGUCCCCAUUGAAGGCACUUUAUGUGGUGGACAGGGGUCAUCAUGGGCACUCGGAUCGGUCUACAAUUCAAUGUGUGUUCUGACAUCUUUCUAUCACCAAUUUGCUUUUUCAGCAAUUUGAGCUACAGUAGCUCUUCUGUGUGAUCAGACCUGACAGACUAGCCUUUGCUCCCCACAUGCAUCAAUCAGCCUUUGGUCCCCAUGACCUUAUGCCAUUUUACUAGUUGUCCUUCCUUGCACCACUUUUGGUAGGUACUAACCACCUAAUACCAGGAACUCCCUACAAAACUUGCCAUUUUGAAGAUGGUCUGACCCAGUCGUCUAGCAAUCACUAUUUGGCCAUUGUCAAAGUCACUCAGAUCUUUUUGCUUUCCCAUUUUUCCUGUUUCAACACAUGAAAUUCAAGAACUGACUGUUCACUUUGCACUUUGCCUUAUAUAUCUCACCACUUGACAGUUACUAUUGUAAUAAAAUAAUUCAUUGAUUUUGCUAAAACGUGAUGUAAAGUCAUGAUUUUAUAAAAGACACGGAGGCAGGUAUUAUGAUUUCUCUUUCUUUACUUAAUUAUAGCAGCAAAGACAAUUAGUGAAAUGAACAGAAACAGAUUUAACAAUUCACACAAACUGACUUUAAUGAAUAGUCAGUCAGGUUACAGAGUACGUUAUACGUACUGCUAACAACGUUCCAUAGUCCUCUUUCUUUGCAACCCAAACAGGUUCAUAGUCCCAUAAAGUGAAAAGAUUCAAACUAUUAAAAACAUGAGAAAAUAAUAACAAAACAGGAAUUCUGAAUGCAGGAAUAAUCCUCAUGAAACCAUAAGAAUUGGGUACCAGGAGGUGUGAUGACAAACUUUGAAAUUCAGAGUAGAAUUACACUGUGGUUGAAAGAUAAAUUGAAAUUAGUACAUUUAUAUAAAUUAAUGUAAUAAACAUCAUUUAAGUAUGAAUUGAAUUAUGUAUACAUUAGAAUACAAUCAUGUUGUAUAUAAAAAUCACAAUCAAUUAUAUAUAGUACAGAAUUAUAGAUACAACAGACUAUAUAUCAAUAAAUAAAUUGGGUGGGAUAAUACUUGCCUCUGUGUCUUUAAUAAAAUCAUGACUUUACGUCAUGUUUUAGCAAAAUCAAUUCAUUUUAUUACAAGACACGGAGCAUAUUAUGCUCAUUUAAAGCUGAGAAAUAAUGGAAGAAGAACUAUGAUAAAUCGGUUUAAAAUACAAAUAUCUGAAAGUGGACUCGUUAGAUCGAUCAGCGGAUUUCUUAAUAUCCUCCAAUCUACCUUCUGAUGUAAAUAUUUUUGAAGCCAUUGCACCGCGAGUAGAAUGUAAACCAAAAGUAGAAAUGUCAAUCCCAGUGAAGUCCAAAGACCAUUUGACCCAAGGAGGUAGAAUUACGGUAGAAAUGGGUUUGUGGGGUUUCUGAAAAGAUAUAAAAAGCUGUGGGAGUUGUGGGUUCCGGAGAGAUGAAGUACGAUAUUUGUAUUCUUUUAGACACAUUACAGGACAAAGUGAAGGUAGUUGAGGAAAAUCCGGAUAAAAUACUGAAGAAAAGUUGGUUUCAGUUCUCUGUGAGAUUUUAAAACGAACUCCUUCUGGGAUGUAAACAUUUGCAAUUAUAUCUAAGGCAUGAACAUCCGAAACACAUUUGCAGGAAAUGAUUCAUAAUAAAGUAACUAGAUUUCCAGAAUAUUGGCGAAGAGUGAGUUCAUCAUAAUCUGGCUAUGAGUCAAAGAAGGUAAUGACUAUAUUAACAUCCCAAAUGUAAGAAUAUCUAGAUAUUUAAUGCCUUUCAUUGAAUGGCAUAUUUGUGGAUGCCUUCUAGUGGAAGAACCUAAAAAUCCAUCUUGACUUGCUGAAAUUGCUGAUCUAUAAAGAUUAAUAGUUGGAUAAGCAUUCCCUGAUUUGAACAUAUGAGGCAAAAAUCUAAAAUAAAAAAGGUGGAGGGGGAGGGGGCACCACAGGUGAAAAAAAACCUGCUUAUAAACUGUACAAGCAUAUAUGAAAGACACUACAUAAGAGAGAAUACAUAUAAGAUAACAAAAAGAGUUCGAAAUAUAGAUAAUUAAUAAUAAUCAGGAGUCCAAAAAGUAAGUCCAAAAGAGUUUAUGCCUGAUAAAUACAGCAAAAAGUCCAAAAAAAAAACCCCUUGUAUAAGAAGUCAAUCAUAAUCUUGUCAGGUGAAGUAUCCCUCAGUAAGGUAUGGGCAUGGGAUAUUCAUGAGAUCCGUAUGACAAAAAUAAUAAGAUCACAAAUAAUGGUGCAGUUUAUCCCAACAGGUACUAAGUACUAUUUUGUAAGAGGUCUAUAUGAUCCUACUCAUAUUUUCCAGAGCUAUAAAACUAGCUCUACUCUGGAUGGCAAACAGUGGUUCAAUCCCCACUUAUGGGAUACGUGACGUUUUUUAGUAGAUGGAUAUCUUGUUGGUAUAAGGAUCAUAUGAUAUAUAAAAGAAGCAAUAAUAGUGCUUAUUGUAUAAAAGCCAGAGGUGAAAUAAUAAAAUACUAAGUGGCUACUCACAUUUUAUUGCGCAGGCAGUCUGCUCAAUGAAUAAAGUUUGAGUAGUAUAAUCCCCACCAAGGAUUCUUUGGAGUAAAAUUCUCACUGGAACAAUAAAAACUCUCGUGCCAUGUAAAAAUAAAGGUAAACAUAAAUAAAUAAAUAAAUAAAUAAAAUGGCUGACUCACAAGUUGAAAGUGGCCAAAUAACUUUAAUAAAAUACAGCAAAUAAAAUACCACAAUGUGUUUCUACCUUUAGGAAUUUCCCUAGUGGAUAAAAACAUGUACAUGACAACACUGGCUUUAUAUAGGCCUCAGAUUACUUGAUUAUGGCGCAAAAAUGACGUCAGGAGCUCAUGACCACUUUUUUUUUUUUGUGUAUCACUUUAUUAUUGAACAUGCUUCAGCCAUAUUAGGGAGGGCAAUGAAACAUGUGUCAGCCAUAUUAGGGAGGGCAAUGAAAGAAAGUGGAAGGGGGGAAUGAAUGAAUAAAACAUAUAUGUGACAAGUAGCAAGUGCUCAUUUUAAAAUAUGAUAGAAAAUUAUAAUAAAUAUAAAAAGGUCACAGUAAAUUGCAAAUGUCACAGAAAAAUCACAGAAAUGUUUGAUAACAAAUAAAAAAUAAUAUAAAUAACAGAAAAUAAUAAUAGGUAAAAUAAAAUAAAAGAUAAAAACUGUAAAAAAAACUGAAAAAAAUGAAUAUGAAGAAACACAGAAUAUUACAGAAAAUUUUAAAUAAAGAGAAAAAUGCGCAGGCAAAGGCAAUAAUAAUAAUAAAUAGGGGUAAAAGAAAAAAAAAGGAUAUGUGUCAUAUGAUGCCUUUUUCUUGCAAAAUUGUAUUCAAAUAUAUAUAUAUGCCUAUAUUUUUUUUAACUCAUAUAUGAAGGUUUAAAAGAGAACAUGUAAAUAUAGGGUAAGAAUAAAGUAAAAUAAAAUAACAUUAGUAUUAUAUAAUAAUAUAUCACAUUAUAAACAAAACAGAAUAUGCAAAUUUAUAAAAAGUUAAAAAGAUCAAAAUCAACGUUUAAACCUUCAGGGGCAAGUGUUUUUAACAGGAACACUCAAUACAUUUCUUUCUGAUCCAAAAGUUUUUUUUAAAUCCCCUCCACUCCACGGUAUUUUACAUUUUUUAAUUCCAAUACAUUUUAGAUGUUUGGGAUUUUUAUCAUGUUUGAUAAAGUGCUUUGAGACUGAGUGGUUAGGGUAACCUUUGAUGAUGUUCCGACAGUGCUCUGCCAGUCUAAUGUUUAGGCAUCUAGUGGUCGAUGCCUAAAAAUUAGACUGGCAGAGCACUGUCGGAACAUCAUCAAAGGUUGCCCUAACCACUCAGUCUCAAAGCUCUUUAUCAAACAUGAUAAAAAAAAAAUAUCCCAUGCUUUUGAGAUGGAACCAAAAUAGAACCAAAUCCUAAAUUUGAGAGAAGACCUAACGUCAAUUGAACGUGGGAUGAAAGGGUGUUCUUGUCUUGAAACAUAAGCAAAAUUUUAUCCAGAUAAAUUAUUAAUCGAACACGUCUUUAAAAUUAAAUAAAAUACUAAUGAUCUGUAAGGUAAAUAUAAAAAUUUUUUGACAGAAAUAAUUAUCUGAAAUAAAUAUUUUCUGUAAUAAUUUUACUAAAUAUCCAGAGCACAAUUAAAAACAGACUAGCUUUGCCUCAACUGAAAUCCACUGAAAGGACAGUGUUGCCUAGCAACACAAGACACUGUAGGGAAGACUAAGAGAAAUUUGCUCUUUGAACACACAAUUAAAAAAUUAAACUGAAUGAAAAGAUGAUAAUGAGCUGUAGUUGUACUGUAUAGAAAACAUUACAAGUCACAAAUGCAAUGAUUCGCAUGUUUAACUAUGUUUUUCAAACACCCCAAACUCACAAACUGCGGCAAAUUUGCAGUGCGUGAGACUGAAAUAACUUCUGACAGGAAAGUCAGAUAAAGAAAAAUCAUUCCACAAUUCCAAUACAUAAAUGUAAAAAAAUUCAGAAAGAAAUGAUUACAUGUGAACAUAGUGAACGUAAUAGUUAAAUAAAUAAUUAUAUUAAAUGACAAAACAUAAUGACAGAAUUUCUUACAUGUAUGUAUUGGAAUUAUGGAAUGAUUUUUCUUUUUCUGACUCAUAAACAAGUUCAAAAUCUGAGUUUAUAAACCAGAAAUAAAAAUAUCCGUAAUAUAUAGCUAAUACUCAUCUGUUCCCGUUCAGGAGCAGCAAAGAAAGAUGACUUUGUCAGCAGUACUUAUAACCUACUCUGUAACCUGAUUUAGAAUUCCUGUUCUAUUAUUAUUCUCUCACAUUUUUCAUCAUUUUAAUUGUUUUGUUUUAUGGGACUUCGAAUCUGUUUUGGUUGCAAAGAAAGAGGACCUUGGAUCGUUGUCAGCAGUACCUAUAACCUACUCUGUAACCUGAUUCAGAAUUCCUGUUCUAUUAUUAUUCUCUCACGUUUUUCAUCAUUUGAAUUGUUUCGUUUUAUGGGACUACGAACCUGUUUUGGUUGCAAAGAAAGAGGACCUUGGAUCGUUGUCAGCAGUACCUAUAACCUACUCUGUAACCUGAUUCAGAAUUUCUGUUCUAUUAUUAUUCUCUCACGUUUUACAUCAUUUGAAUUGUUUCGUUUUAUGGGACUACGAACCUGUUUUGGUUGCAAAGAAAGAGGACCUUGGAUCGUUGUCAGCAGUACCUGUAACCUAGUCUGUAACCUGAUUGGCUAUUCGUUGAUGUGAGUUUGUGUGUAUUUUUAACCCCUUAAGGACCAAACUUCUGGAAUAAAAGGGAAUCAUGACAUGUCACACAUGUCAUGUGUCCUUAAGGGGUUAAAUCUGUUUAAUUUUACUAAUUAUCUUUGCUGCUAUAAUUAAGUAAAGAAAAAGAGAGCAUAAUAUGAACCUCCAAUAAAAUCAAUGUUAUUUUAAUGUUGUGGCUGAUCAGUGUAUAUAGCAUAUAAAUCUAUGUAUUUAUUUUCAACAACAUUUACGCUCUUAACCCAAUUGCAACCAGCGUUUGGCAAAUCCCUUGUUGUGACAGUCCUGCCAUGUCUUGAACUGACUAUUGAGCAUAUCCACAACAAUCAGUUAAUGCAUUUUAACUAUUGUCCCCAAUGCAAUUAUUAUAUUUUUGUUUUAGUGCUGGUAUAGAAAACUACUUUCAUUUUUUAUUCAUGCAUCUUUCAGCUGAUUAUUAAAUAAGUGAAUUAAUAAUAAAUAAUCCCAUUCUCUCUUUUACAACUAGGAACAUGUCCUACUGUACGACAAAAGGCUAUAAAAUCAUUUUGGUUAUUUCACUGAUUGUUGUUCUAAAGCUAAGUUUCACAUAUCAUCGAAUAUUACUCCAGGUAUGUUUAUUCAACGAUUACUCUUUCAAAUAUAAAGUUAAAGAAGAGAGAGUUUAAUCAAUAAAUAACUAUUUUAUUGGUUUUCUCCUCACAGUCUUUUAAACCUCAAAUUCUUCAAAUAUCAUAUUCAGAACACAAUGUUACAUUCAGAGACUCUUAUGAAUCCAAUAUAAAAUAUAUUUCCGAGGAGAAGGACAUGGAAAUAAACCAGAUUUUUAAUACCAUAAGUAACAAUAUUUCGAGUGUCCCUUUCAGACAUUUGAAUCUAACAACAAGUGCAAAAAUGAGCAGAGCAAAGAUAUUAUCUUACCGACAACAGUAUUGCAAUGGAGAUUCUUUAACUGUCCGUGUGGAUAUGUUCAACUAUUUGGGCCAAAGGAAGACAUAUGGAGGAGAUUUCUUAACCGCACGGAUCUAUUCCACCGAUCUUGGAGCUGCAGCUUCCGGAAGGGUUGAAGAUUUCAAUAAUGGAUCCUAUAACAUCCAUUUCAUUCUAUCUUGGGUAGGGAAUGUGAAAAUAUCAGUUAUUUUGUAUCAUCCAAGCGAGGGCGUGUCUGCUUUAUGGAGAGCUCGGAAUGCGGGAUAUAAAAAUAUUAUUUUCACUGGAAAUUUUCUCUAUAAAACUCAGGAGAUUGAGAAAGUUUGUGGAUUUUAUUUAGAAUCACAACAAGAAAAAUGUGUGUAUGCAGAUAAAAGAGAUGGUGAAUUUUUCUACUGCAUCAAACCUCCAAAUGUACCAUGUGAAGCACUAAUUUCAAUGAGGUCCAAAAUCCAUCAUCAUUCAUAUCUUACCAAAUCAGAAAAGACUAUUUUUACCAAGUAAGUAUUUUUUGGAGCAUGAUAAAUAAAAUCAUAGUUCCUGUAUUAUAUUUAAAUAUUUUUUUCUAGCCUGGAGGAAGUUGUCUGACUUUUCAAGUGACUUUUGAAGGUAAAACUAUUAGGAAAAAAUGAGGUUUUAGUGUGUUUCUCAUGCUACAAACCCUUUCCUCCGCUAUAUGUACCCCAUGAUUGAUUACAUUCAGGUUGAGUUGUCAGGGUACAGAGUCUUCAAGGAAACUGACAGCCUGGUUCUCUAACAGUCUGAACAUAAGACACUUUUUUGAGAUCAAUAGAAAUCUUGAAGAUUACCGUUUACUUUAAAAUGGUUUAGUUAUAGUGUGUUAGUGAAACAAAUAAAUCACAGAGCCCCAAAGGUAUAUGCCAGAAAGAGUCCUUUCCCCCACCUAGGAUAAAGGAAAUUCCUUUUAUUAAUCCAUCAAGAGUAAACAAUAGCAAUGAGCAACAGGGUAUUUUGUCUUGAAAAACAUCCAUGUCUGAGAAAUGAAACAGUGACUGCAAUAACAGCAAAAAUGUAUCCUUAUCAGUGAAGACUUUUGAGUGCUCUCCUUUAUGCAAAUGUGUAACAACAGAGGGAAAAACAAAAAGAGCAGUAAAAUUAGUUAUUAAUUAUUGAAUAUAAAAUAUAGAGAGAGUUUUUUGUCCAUCCAUUCCUCACAUCUCACUCACUUUCUUGAAUAAAAUCAACUUUUAUUGACUGUCCCCUAGUUAUCAUUCAUCAUUUUUUUCCCAUGAAUUAUCUCUUUUUCGGGCGCCACAUGAUGAAUUCAGAAUCAUGACCCCAUACCAAACAUGUUUAGUGCUGUACCUAUCAUUUGGUCGGUGAUUGAAGUCUAGUGUAAAGAUAUCAGCCUUUUUAUUAUAUUUUUCAUCCUGAAAAUGUGCAAACCUCUUGAAUGCCUUACUACUGUUAUGCUAUAUUCUUUGACAUACUUGCUCAAGCUGUUGGGGCAUUGCAAGCAUAACUGAAUCUUCAUGCACAACAAAAAUAAAGAAUAUAAUAAAAAAAAAUGAAGGCUAACAGCGUAUCUCUCCCUUUAAUAACAGACUGAAAUUAUUUUUGCUUAUGGCUAUUGUGACUGGCUAAUAAAUGUUGCAUUAAAAUAUAUGCAAAACAAUAAAUUAAAAAACAAACUGAUACUCGCCUGUGAAAUUAUUGCAUUUGCUGCAAAUCCAACCGCAGUUACUCAUCAAUAAUGAUGCUCACCUUACCUUUAUAUAGCACUGUUAAACUUAUCAAAAAAGAAGUACAAACAAAAAAUCCUAUACAUUUAUUUUAUUAAAAUGCGAUGUAUAUUAUUAAAAUAUUUAUUAUUAUUUUUUUUUCCAAUUAAAGGUCAAAUAUUGGGGUAGAAAUUCCCAGAGACCCUGGAAGCAUUGCUGUAACAAAUUGCCAAAGUAAGUUUGUUCUUGCUUUUUCUCUGUUAGGUUCCUUAGGAAUAUAAGUUUGCAGUUUUCCUGUCUCUAGUAUUAUACAUGUCCCUCACUUUUUUCCAUUGAAAAGCUUUAGUCACCUUUUUCCAGCACAAAGAAAUUCUCAGUGCGCCUCACUAUUCCACCUCUUGUGAUAUCAUCGAGGAGGCAUGGCUUCCUCCACCAAUGGUCCAAUCCAAGACUCCUUAUAGAGGAGCAUAGUGGAUCUAACUGCGAUGAGUGCCGUAUCCACCAAAUGCCUCUUAUAGGAAAACAUUAAAUCCAAUCCUUUUCAAUGAGCUGCCGCAUUACAUGGCAGUUCAGAGCAGUGGAAAUACCUCUGGUAGCUGUUAGUAUGACAGCAUGACAGCCACUAGAGACAUGUUUACUGCUAUAUGACAAACAUUGCCCUUUCAGUAAAACUACUUUUCGGCAGUGGUUUACCUUGCCUGGUUAAACAUACAGGACCACUGCACCCAGACCACUUCAUUGAGCCUUCACUGAGUGGCUUUGUUGACUUUAGUGGUCCUUUAAGAUAAAUACAUAUUUUUUUGGGACAUGGUUAAAAUAAAUUUUGUUUUCAAAAUGUGAUUACUUUUUAAGUAGUGUUGCUCAUUUCUACCUUGUUAAUUGUAGAUUAUGCUAGCUUUAGUGUACCUAUAAUCUUAAUUUUAUUAAUGACAGGAGGCGAAUAUUUGCUUAAGUCUCUCUUUACUAGAACUCCACAGCAGCACAGAAAAACAACCAAUCAGAAAAAAGUUAGGUAAUAUAAAACUCCCCUCCUCAUACAUCAUUUCCUCUUUUAAGCUGCGACAAAAACAGAACAAAAGGCAGAACAUAUAAUGGAGAAAAAACAAAGUCCUAGAUACAAUGAAAACAACAACGUCCACCAUCCGAGAAGAACUGUCAAACCAGAUAGCGUUGAUGGACUGUAAGCUGAAACGAGAGAAAACAGAAUCGAACAGAUUUGUUAGCCAACGAACUGUACUCUGAACAAUACAUAAAGGCACCCAGUGAAAUAACCAGAAAUACCCUAAUACGCAUAGAUCCCAGCCCUUACGUGGAAAAAACAGACAUAAAAACAGGUAGACAGGUAGCAGAGACAACAAGCAGAGUUGCAUACCUUCCUAAUGAACCCAAACCAUUAAAGUUAAACAAGGGAGGGAUAAGAAUGGGAGGGAAAUAUUCACCUCCUGUCAUUAAUAAAAUUAAGAUUAUAGGUACACUAAAGCUAGCAUAAUCUACAAUUUUAUAACAUGACAGGAGGCUUCAUAUUUGCUGUUUUAACGCUCAGUCAACAAAUCCAACGCUGUUUGUUUCGCUGGUACCUGUUCUGGGAGAAAACAGAGCAAAAACCAAAUGAGCCUUCCAAUCGCGAGAAGUGACAGCUGAUGGGUCGAUGAAGAUGCCAGCUGACGCUGAACCGCUAAUUACGGAAAACACUCAAUCCGCUGGUAGACCAUACUUGGGGAUGAGACCCCUUCCCGGACAAUCCAUGACCUGCAAAGUCGAACUAUUCAUCACAGCUCCUGUGGAUGCAAAAUUCCGAAGAUCAUUUGCAGAUCUGAAACCGUGACAAAAGGCUACUACCAGGUCUCAACCCUCGAUGUGGGAGAUGGCUCCUCCAAUCGUGCCAGGGUCACCUGGAAAUGUGGUCUUGCCGGCAAACUCCAAACUCCAGUAAGGUGCCUGAGACCAACACCAAUUCCGUCACCGAACCGAAUAGGGUCUUUUCAUUCCCUCAUCCUCUACCAGUCGAGUGGUCUCAUCCGGGGAGAUAACUAUGCUGGUAAGAGUGCAGGCCAAACCAGUCGUCUAUGAUGUGUUUCCAGUACUCCAAGUGGACUGCAGAACCUGUGACUGUGGUAGGCCAAGUACUCCCAAGGUACAUCCUAUCAGGAGACCAAACUAAAUUUGUGUAGCAAAACGGUGUUCAACUCCCAAACAUACCAAAACGAGGGGAACGUAGUCAGUAAUUGAGAAUCCUAUCCAACUGUAUCCACGUUGAUGAGUGAAAAGUGGUCCAGAUCCAAGGUGUAAUUGGGACCUGCAUAGACGAAGGAGCGUUGACACCUGCUAGAGUAGGCUGGUUGGAGAAAAACCGAAUCGGUCUCAGUUGGCAGUUCUGGAUCAGGAACCUCCGUCCUCGAGACUGUCGACUGAUGAGGGAGAGAGUGGCACAAUCCAAAUAAACUGCUUAUACGAUCCUGUUCCAGCUGUCCGAAGUAGGGGCUUUCCAGGUAGAGAAUGUCGGGUAGUCCGAUUCAAACCCGACAUCGUUCCCGGGCAGUACUCCAGUGGGAGGGUGCAUCCCGACUUUGUGACCUUCAUGUGGGAUUAGCUUUCAAACAGGGUUCCCCUGUAGAGUCGGAGCAGUCCUCCUUGACAGUAUCUGAAUAGGCGGGUGAGCGAUAAUCAAAACCAGAAUGGAUCCCGUGAGGGAACUAGCGAAUAGAAAGAGAAUCCUCUAUCCUAACCGUGUUCUCCAGAUACGUUCUCAGAGGAGUAGGGGCAGUCCUGUCACCUAUCCCAGGAUCGUCAACCGCUAGGGAAUCCAGACUCGACUGGGAACUCCGUUCUUUUGAUCAAUGCGUACAUAGUAUCUGCAGACCAGGGUGUGGGAUUUCCCCCAUUCCCGCUGAGUAAAGGUAGUGUACGUAUGCUCUAUGAAGGCCUCAAAAUCACAUGCUACUCUUGAUAGGGGAAAACUGUCUGGUCAGUGUGUCCAAAAUGGUGUGUGAAAAAGCCGAACCAGGGUGCAUUACUUGUUUUGUACCAUGUCGGCUAUAUCAAAACUUACACACCUGUAAUAGCUGGGGUUCACCACCAGUCGUACAACCUCCAGGAGUAGAUACAACAGGGAGGUAUAGGGUACCCACAAGGUGUACCAAUCGUAGGAGCUGUACCGAGACAGUCAUAACCAAACAGCAUCAGAGGGGCGGGUAAAUGAGGUGGGGAAUCACCCCCAGUAAUACCUCAGUGAGUAUAUCCCUAGCGGGGAUAUAGUGGUGUGGGUCCAGCAGACCAAUCAUAAGGAAUGAAAUGGUGACAGCUAGUUCAGACCUGUAAUACCAUGCCCGAUCAGGCCGUGCCGCCAUACAAAAAUAGUAGCACGGUUGUUAGAUCUAAUGGAGGUGUUCUCUCCUCUUACAUCGUCAUUGCUAAGCAGUGUCUCCUCGCCAUUCCGAUGAGGUAGCCUUAGUCCUUAUAGCAAGAGCUGUAGCAUCAGCGGUAAACCACGUAGGUAGCACAGACCUCUGAAUUGAGUUGACUGUAGGCGGGCCGUCCCUCUACGAAGACCCCGGUGUCCUGUACUGAUCUAAAUCCAUAGGAUGAACAAGGGUCAACAGUAGGAUAAAUAACCCUGUUGGGUAGUGUCAAAUGACAGGUUCGCUCACAAAGAAGGGAAGCAGAAUCCAGUACUGUAAGAAACUGUCAUGCACGUGGUGAACUGAAGAACAUUAUAAGUGAUUAUCUUGGUCUGUGCACAUUAAGGGAGCUCAGUAUCGAGCUGAGUGUAUGAGAGAGCCGCAUUCUCAAAUAAUGUAAACUGUAUCCCAGCCUUUGAGAGAGGGCCGUACCGUCCAAUAAUACACUUAGUGUCACUGUCAGUGUCUUGCACCAAAUAUGAGAAUGGGAUAUACUUUGCACCUGCAAUAUGCAUCGAUAUCAUCCUCCAGCCAAGGUUAGGGGAGGGUUGCGCCCACUAAUAGAAAGGUUUAGUGGCAGGUUCUGCAUAAGGGAAGUGGUCCCCUCUAAUCCUGUAAAUUAACCUUGGUUUCGAGUUGAGGUAUAAAAGGACCGCACCCUCUUACCACACAAACCAGGGUCCAUAUCAGUCCUGAACUGAUUGUAAACGAGGAUUGUAAAUCUAGUCUCAAACUGGGAAUAAAUAAUCCCGAUAAUGGUCGGGGUAGCACUCCCAUCUAGGGCCGUGUCCAUGUGUCUAAUGGUUAGAAACAAUACGGAAUCUACAAACGACCACCUGGAUCCCGUGCACGGUUUCUGAGGAAAUGCUGGAGACGUUCUCCGCGAUCCACGAGAGCCUGGGAAGUUGGACUAGGCCAAGUCAUGACUCGAGCGAGAGGAAAAGUGGAAGACACGAAACAAAGAAACGACAAACCAAGGUUCAGAUAAAGGACAGUGCAUACCUCGUUGAGGAAAGGUAAAGUAAUGGACAGGAAAGCAAAGUAAUAGACCAGAACUAAGCAUGGCGUAGAAAGAACUACCUAGACCUAAAUGGAUACCGGAUAUGCAGCUAAAGGAUUAGUUGCUAAGAGUCAAGGGGUACCGUGCUCCCCUGUUGGCAUCUGAGCACUGGUCCCUGUAUGUGCAUCGGAACGAAACUCGCCUUGGAGAUAUGCCGCUGCCGGGCUGGUGCAAACCCUGGUUGACCGCCUGGAAAUCUUCGUAGAAAACCUCGCCCCUCAGGGCAUGAGGUCAAGGGCCUUCACUCUUCCAAUCAUACUUAGGUGUCACCUCGGAUAGUCUGACAGCAGUGUUUAACUGGACACCCACCUAUCUCCGUGUUAAUAGUGGGCACUGGGCUUUCCUCAGGAAUAUUCCCCCAGGCCUGCAACCAAAAGGGGUUCGGGUUGGACACGUCGGCCAAUAAAAUGGGCACAGACAGAGCAGGCCAAUCAAUGGGGCACAGACAGAGCAGGCCAAUCAAUGGGGCACAGACAUAACAGGCCAGUAAAUUGGGCACAGACAUAACAGGCCAGUCACAGGUGUUGUGUUCUGAUCGUCAGGAGACCAAUCUGCGUGGGUAGAGCCCCCUUAUAUGGAGAUAUCGAAUCCUGAGGGUAACUAGGAGUUAACCAAACUCAGUCUACCAAACCUUCUUGUAUUGUAAAAAGUGCCUAAUGGUGCUAGUUAGAGAAUCUGGCAGUCAGAAGGGACACAGAAUGGGGUGCUAUGGUGACCAGUUUGGUGCAAAGCCAGAUGUAGGGUGGCAAGGGUCCUCACGGACCGCCACCAGGGAUUAUUUCACAGGACCUGACAUCGCAGGAUGUUAUAACGUCACAGGGAUCCCAACAGCAGACCUGAUAUUGCAGGAUGUGUCACAAUGUCCCAGGGGUUGCAUCACAGGACAUGAUAUCACAGGAUGAAAUAAAACGUCACAGGAAUUCCCGCGCAGGACAUGAUAACCCACGAACAUCUAACAUCACAUCUCACAUCUAACAUCCCAAUUACAUCUUUAGACCUACAAUGUAAUCUAACAUCACAAUUGUAACUCUAUACCUGCAAUGUAAUCUGACAUCACAAUACAACUCUAGAUCUACAAUGUAAUCCAACAUCACAAUUACAACUCUAGAUCUGCAAUGUAAUCUAACCUUAUAGGAUGUCAUCUCACCUCACAGGGAUGCCUCACCGGACAGGACCUCACAGAUGCCUCUAAUAUCAGAUAGCAGACUCUGGCAUCCAGCAGGGAAGAUUCCUGCACUCAGACCUCCACGAGGGGGUAUAGCCAGGGGGGCACGAGAAAGCGCACCCUCCCCCACCCGGUCGGACACAUGUGGUCCGGCAUGGCUAGAAUUGCCUGAAAUAUUUCAGCCGCCUCAGAGAGGGCUUAUUGCAGAAGGGGAUUUUCAUCAAAUGCCGGAACUUAAAACAAACCUAAGUUUGUUUGUUUUUAAAACGUUAAAUUAUUCAUUGCAUUCUUAUGAAUAAUUUGUAUAAUGCCAAAAAAGACACGGGUAAAUUGCAAUAUUAAUAAAUUAUAAUGAAGCGGGGGGGGCCACGAGGAAGCGCACCCUCCCCCACCCGGUCGGACACAUGUGGUCCGGUGUCGGAGUCGGCCGCUGCAAAGCGGCUGUGGGAGGAAAGGGUCCGGCCGUCGGGUACACGUGCUCGAUCACGAGCACCCCCGAGACUGGCAGAAGAUACACCGGAACGCUUGAGGCGACUCCGUGGUCCCUGAGCUCGGGGAAAGCGGAGGCGGCAUGCUGACUGUCGGCCUCCAACAAACCGAGCAGCACAUACACAGCCCGCAUAAAAAAAGGGGCAGAAAAUAUAUAAACAGAGGCAAAAAAAUUGGGGAAUAUACAGAGGGGGGGAGGGAAAUCAAAGGUAUAGGAAGAGGCAUAAAAGAUCCCCCUGAAUCCAAAUGCCCUAACAGAUAGGGAUCACUGUAAGUUAAAAGUUACAGAGAAUAUGCAAAUCCCCAGACAUAUAAAACAUAAAUACUGUAUAUAAGCAAUAAAAUCCCAAAGCCACCCACUAUAAGCAGGAGGCAGUGGUACUCUGACCUGUACUGACUGCGGAGCAGCAAAGAAAGAGGAAAUGAUGUAUGGGGAGCAGAGUUUUAUAGUACCUAACUUUUUUCUGAUUGGUUGUUUUCUCUGUGCUGCUGUAGAGUUCUAGUAAAGAGAGACUUAAGCAAAUAUGAAGCCUCCUGUCAUGUUAUAAAAAUUUUAACUUCUACCUCCUUUAUUUACAUCCUCUAUGUUGUUAAUCAUCUUCUAUUCCUACAGGUCUUCUGGUUAGUGGCGUCUUUAUAAAUGAAUGCUUCUUCCUGCAUACUAAGCUUCAGGCCACAAAUCCCUGACACCCCAAAUUCCCUAGAUGUUUUAUAAGGUUAUUCAUUGGGCAAAAUCCAGUCAAAAUAAAGAAAUUCCGACUGCAACUGAUUACUAAUGCCAAAUAUGGUUAGAAAUUGGUCAGCCUGAAUCACUCAUGUAUUUGGUGUCUGGAUUAAAAUCAGUACUUUUGCAUUCAAAUCCUAUACAAAGUUAGGAGAUAGAAUAUUUACAAAACACCAAUUUCCAGAAAGAUGCAUGUUUAAAUUAUUGUUUGCUUGUAUAAAAGCAAGUGAACAAUAUUUUUAAGGUACAAAUUAGUUAGCCGCGUAAGGAUGGCAGGCAUUUUAUGCCAUCCUUGCAUGGACGGUCCUUAAUGCCACAGAGAGGCAUAGAACGUCCCUGCGGUCCUUUGUACUCACAGGGUCCCCAGCCGGCGGUCCUUUGUUCUCACAGGCAGUCCCCAUCCGGCAGAUUCCACCCUCCUGGACCAUGUGAACAUGGGGUCCUCACGAUCACAUGGCCGGAAUGGCUGUCUACAGGCAGUCCCCCUAAUGCCUGUUUAAAAGUUUUUUUGUUUUUUUUAAUUUUAUUUUUGUUUUCUGUAUAAUUACAAAUGAUAUUACAUUCAGUUUACAACAGUGCAAUACAUUUCAAAUACUUAGUACAAAUUUCCAUAAUAAAAUGUCUUUAAAUUUUACAGACAAUAUAUGAGUUAAAUGGUGCACAAAUAAAUAGCUUAACAGAGAUUUUUUAUCUUGAGUGUUCCAGAUAUAAUUUCAAUAUACCAAUAUUAAUUAGUGAAUAUAUGUAAUUAAAAACUUGAAACACUAACAUAAACAGUAAAUUAUAAAUCCCACAUCAUUAAUAUAAAGUGUGAGUGGGGGGUAAAGGUGGAAGUGGGUCAAAACGCAAUACUCAAUGAGGGUAUGACGUAGCAUCUCUCUCUAAAAUGUAUCCAACAAGAAAAAAAAGAAUACAGUCUUGCGCAACUUGAAUUUAAAAUACACUCCCUGGUGCUACACCUUUAAUUCAGAAGGAUAAAGUACAACAAAUGUUUUGGGCAAUAGCCCUUUAUCAAUGCUAAUGGUAAGGAGGACAUUAGAAAUUAUAAAGGGCUAUUGUCUGAAACGUUUGUUGUACUUUGUCCUUCUGGAUUAAAGAUGUAGCACCAGGGAAUACACUUCAAAUUCAGAUUGCGCAAGACUCCAUUCUUUUUUUCUUGUUGGCUACUAUACACUGUUAGAACUACAGUGUGGGGAUAUCUCUGCACUGUGGAAACCUUUUUUGUCUUUAUAGAAAUUUGUGUAGGUAGAUAUCUUGCCUCUACCUCAGUAUAUUUAUAGAGAUCUAAAAGGCCCCAAAUCUUCACAUAAUUUUCAUAUUGGAAUAGGCCAUGGUAAAAAGCCUGCCUCCAUUCUAUGUUGGUAAUCUAUUUGUUGCAGUAUUUCUGUCCAUGAUAGACCACCUUCAGAUUUCCAAUUACGUGCAAUGCAGAUUUUAACUGAUAACAUUAUGUGUACCAUUAGACAGUUUUGUGUAUAAUUUCCCCCCGGGAGUUGAACGUUAAAUAGAAAAGUCUGAGGCGAUAAAUCAAAUAUGAUUCCCAGUGAGGAGACUAACACGUUUCCUACGUUUUUUAUAAAAAAAUUUUAGCUUAGGACUUCCCCACCAGAUAUGAGAAAAUUAACCGUUGUUUACUUCACCUCUCCAGCAAAUUUGUGAUAAAUUUAAAUUAAUUUUAUAUAAUCUAGUAGGAGUUAAAUACCAACUUAAAGUUAGUUUGUAUUGAGUUUCUAAUAAGUUCCUGCUAUGCAUGUUCUUUUUUUACUAUUAUUAAGCCCUUCAGCCACUCCUCAUAUUCCAAAUCAACAUGCAACCUUUUCCUAUAUGAUCCAUGGUAAGAUUUUUUCUUGCAGUUGCAAUUGGUUAAUAAAUUUAGAAACCCUAGAAGUGAUCUUGCAUUUAUAAUGUUUGUUUUUUUAAAAAAAAAAAAAAUCGGUUAAAGGGUUCUCCUUUACAAUCAUUUUCUUUGUAAUAACAUUUUUCAAUCUAGGAUAGUUGAGAAUUUCUCUAGGCAAGAGUUCAAAUAUAGACUGUAGCAAGUUAAAUGGUUCUAAAUCACUUAGAAAUGUAAUAUUCUUUUCUCUCCAACUUGAUAAAUUAAUACUACAUAUGUCCAACUCUAUGGUUUCUAAUGGCGUGUUUAACAAGAGAGAAUUUUGUAAUCUCAAAACAGUAACCUUUAGAUUAAAAAAAAAUUGUGUACAGAUCUCUAAUUAUCGGGUUUUGAGUAAGAGUAAACUUGCUCUUUCUACCAUUUGGAUCUUUUUUUACCAAAGCAGAUGUAAGGGUUCUAAUUUUCCAAGGUCAUGUUUUUCAAUCUCCAGCCAAAUCAGCCUAGGGGUUGAGAAAUUAUCCCACGCGAUAACCCAGGUGGAACAAACCACCAAAAGAGUUCACUUAGUGGAGUGCUAAAACACAAGAUAAACUUACCCCUAUACAAUAUGGGGAAGUGUAUGAAUAUCCAAUUCCCUACAAGGGAAAAAAAUAAUAUGCAAUAGUGAAGUAUAAAUUUUAAUUUUAGAUUAUUUAGAAAGUUAGAAAUAUCGACUAUAGACUGAACAUUAUCUUUAAAGUUAUACAGGGAUCUGUAAUAGUCCCCAAAAGCUUGAACAAUCUGUUUUGGAGUUAAAAGCUGUUUCCCAUUAACCACAAUUUUUUUGGACUAUUUUGGCAUUUCUCUUAUUCUUGUCACAGACAGACUGGAUCCAACAGGCAAAUAUAAGGAAAGCAAAUGCUAAAAGAACAACAAGCAUAUUACCGGACCUUUGAAUGGCCGGAUUAAACCCACCAAGAAUACUACAAGACAAGUCGAGGUCAGGAUUACAGAAUACAGAAUAAACGUAAGGAAAAAGCUAAAGGUCUGGGUCAAAUCAGAAGGGAGAAUAGUCAAAGACAAGCCAAGGUCAAAUGCCAGAAAAUACAAGAAAUAAACGCGGUCUCGGAUAAACCACAAAAUGGAAACCACGACAGGGCAUCAAACAAUAGGUAAAGUGAGUUGAAAUAAGCUAAGAAGGGUUCCAAUUGGUUGCGGGGACCUAGAGACACAAAAAUGUGCGUGCAUCGUUACAUUAUCAACAUGCUGGUCCGUGUCACCAGCAUCAACUCAGUGUCUGUACCUUUAAAUCGCGGCCUGCGGAAACGCCAGCACGACUUCCGGCCAUGUAGCAUGGAGAGCGUAGGGAGACACGGCAAGAGGUAAGUAUACCUUCUAUGUGUCUGUGCUGUUCGGACAUGGACACGCGAUGACUUCGGCCAGCCGCGGGUAUGCAGUUGUGCUGGCCUGGCGCAGGUACCCGGUUGCGCCUGCCAGAUGUGGUCAUAUAACUGCCCUGGUCCGGUCGUGUGACAAUUCUUUCGUUUGUUUGUUAAGAUUUUGUCACGAUUCGGGGAACCCAACACGCUGGCACACACACACACACACAAAAGGUGCCGUACCGGACCUUAGAGUGGCCGGGCUAAGCACACACAGAAUAGUCAGGAGACAAGCCGAGUAAAGGGGAACCAGAAGACAGAAUAACGUAAAACGAGCCGAGGUCAAAGGGUAGGAGAAAGUCACAGAGUCAGAUAAACAAGCCAGACAGUACGUAACCAGAAGCACAAGGUAAGUAGCAAUACUAGCAAGCAAAGACCACAACAGGGCAAGGAGGAACAGGAAAGGUAAGUAUUUAAACCAUCAGGUUAAUUCUGAUUGGAUGAUUUCCAAUCAGAAUUAACAAUCACACGUGGGAGAUAUUUAGACCUCCCACUGUGAUUGUGGCACUUUGCCUUUAACGCCGGGUCAGGUGACUGACCCCGGCGUGUAUAAACCUGGGCGGUCUCCCAGCGUGCAGCGUCAUGCAUGCUGCCGCUGGGGGACGUGGAGGGAACGGCGGGCGGCAUCCGAGGCUGGAAGGAUGCCGCUCGCCGUACCCACGAGGCAGAGGGGACCGCGGACGGCUGGAGGGUGAGUACUGCGAGCGGAGUGCAGCCUCCCCUCGCAGCCGCCCGCGGGAGCCUGACAUUACCCCCCCCUCGAAGACCACCCAGGGGGUGGGAAGCGGAAGGCUUCAAAGGAAAGCGGGCAUGAAAGGAGCGGACCAAAGAGGGAGCGUGCACAUCGGAGCUUGAAACCCAGGACCGCUCCUCAGGGCCGUACCCCUUCCAGUCCACCAAAUAUUGCAGCCGACCCCUAGAAACACGAGAGUCGAGAAGGGCAGCCACCUCGUACACGUCGUCAGAGACAGCUCGAGGGGAAACGGGCCGCCCGAGGGGACGAGAGAACCGGUUACACAGCAAGGGUUUCAAAAGCGAGACGUGAAACGUGUUCGGGACACGCAUGGAAGGAGGCAAAUCAAGGGAGUAGGAAACGGGAUUAACCCUACGUAACACCUUGAAGGGACCAAGAAACCUGGGGGCAAAUUUCAUCGAGGGAACCUUGAGACGGAGGUUCCGGGAGGACAACCAUACCCUAUCACCCGGAACAUAGGAAGGGGCCGCAACCCUACGGCGAUCAGCAAACUUUUUCUGAGCAGCUGCUGAACGAGACAGCGCAACAUGGACUUGAUCCCACGUCUUCCGCAAAGAGGCGAGGUGCUGGUCCAAGGCGGGCAUUCCCUUGUCGGAGAACGCACCGGGAAGGACAGAAGGACGAAACCCAUAAGCAACCUCAAAAGGACUUAAGCCAGUAGACGAAUGAGACACCGUAUUCCUGGCAAAUUCAGCCCACGGAAGAAGGCGAGACCAGUCAUCCUGGUGCGCAUUAGUGAAGCAGCGCAAAUACAAUUCCACAGACUGAUUAGCACGUUCGGCCGCACCAUUAGAUUGCGGGUGAUAGGAGGAAGAAAACGACAAGGAUACCCCCAUCUCAGCACAAAAGCCCCUCCAGAACCGAGAGACAAAUUGAGGGCCCCUGUCAGAUACGAUAUCCUGGGGUACCCCAUGCAAUCGGAACACUUCUUUGGCAAAUACCUGAGCUAACUGAACCGCAGAAGGCAGUUUCUUAAGCGGAAUGAAGUGUGCCAUUUUAGAGAACCUAUCCGUCACAGUCAGUAUCACCGUCUGACCAUCAGAAAGAGGCAGGUCUACAAUGAAAUCCAUGGAUAAGUGGGUCCAUGGUUUCUUGGGUAUAGAUAGAGGCAUCAGAAAACCCUGGGGUCUCACAUUAAGGGACUUACAUUGCGUGCAGACCUGACAAGCCUGAACAAAAUCCACUACGUCUCGCUUGAGUGAAGGCCACCAGAACUGUUGAAGGAGGCCCUUGUAGGUUUUGGUAACCCCCGGAUGACCAGCAGUUUUGGCUGUGUGAAAUAAAGUUAACAACUUUUUUCUGUCAUUAGCUUCAACGUAUAGUUUACCAACCGGCGUCUCAGGGGGUGCCUGGGUUUGGUAUGUCUUAAUACUGUUAAGGAAAGGUGAAGAAACAACCAAACGGGUAGCAGCUAUUAUCUGAGACUCAGGUACAAUAGGUUCAGGAGUCGGGUUAACAAAUUCUACUGGUUCAUGCUGCCGAGAGAUGGCGUCAGCUUUGGCAUUACGGCAACCAGGUCUAUAGGUGAUAACAUAUUGGAAGCGUGAGAGAAAUAGAGACCAUCUAGCCUGCCGGGCAGAUAACCUUCUAGCAUCAGCAAUAUAUGAUAGAUUCUUAUGAUCUGUUAUAACCAUAAUUUUGUGUCUAGAACCCUCUAAUAAGUACCUCCAUUCCUUGAAAGCUAACACAAUAGCUAAUAGUUCCCUGUUCCCAACAUCAUAAUUCUUCUCUGAAUCAGACAACCUUUUAGAAAAAUAACAACAGGGAUGGAGGGGUUUGUCAUAAGACAACCUCUGUGACAGUACGGCUCCCACACCUGACUCUGAGGCGUCUACUUCCAUAACAAAGGGAAGAGAAGGAUCAGGGUGGUGCAGCACUGGAGCAGAGGCAAAUGCCUUCUUGAGGGUUUCGAAGGCCUUAAGGGCUUCAGGAGUCCAAACCCUAGGAUGUAGACCUUUUUUUGUCAACUUCGUUAUGGGAGAUAUGAGUGGUGAAAAGUUUUUUAUAAAUUUCCUAUAAUAGUUGGCAAAUCCUAUAAAACGCUGGAUAGCCUUUAGUCCUUGGGGAAGUGGCCAGGACAUUAUAGCUUCCAAUUUAGCAGGAUCCAUACUGAAACCCUGUUCAGUAAUGAUAUAUCCUAGGAAUUGCACAGAGGUCUGAUCGAAUAAACAUUUUUCUAACUUACAGUAGAGUCCGUUCUGCAAUAGCCUUUUGAGCACCAUCCUAACAUGGUUAUGGUGUGACUUCAAAUCAGGAGAAUACACAAGUAUGUCGUCAAGGUACACUACAGCACAGACAUGCAAUAGAUCCCUAAGGACAUCAUUUAUGAGGUCCUGAAACACGGCAGGAGCAUUACACAAUCCAAAAGGCAUGACCAGAUAUUCGUAAUGCCCACUGCGUGUGUUGAACGCUGUCUUCCACUCGUCAUUCUCCUUUAUACGGACAAGGUUAUAAGCCCCCCUGAGGUCUAAUUUGGUGAAAAAUUUAGAACCUUUAACACGAUCAAACAACUCAGUGAUGAGGGGGAUAGGGUAGGCGUUUUUAACCGUUAUAUUGUUCAGACCCCUGUAGUCUAUACAUGGCCUCAAAUCACCCUCCUUCUUAGCCACAAAAAAGAAACCAGCACCAGCAGGAGAGGAGGACCUUCUAAUAAAACCUUUUCUUAGGGAUUCCUGUAUGUACUCCUCCAUGAUUUGGUUCUCUUUUUCAGAAAGAGGGUAGACCUUUCCCCUAGGAGGCAUAGUGCCCGGUAAGAGGUUUAUGGCACAAUCAUACUCACGAUGUGGAGGUAGCUUAUCUGCCUCCCUCUUUUCAAAAACCAAGGCAAGGUCUGCAUAAACAGAGGGCACAGAAACCGAGAGUGGUUUAGCCGUGGGUACGUUAAGUAAACAGACAGGACGUACAUGAGCCACACAGUCUCGCUGACAAGAUUCCCCCCAGGAGAGUAUGUCUAAACAACCCCAAUCAAGAACAGGGUUGUGUUUAACUAACCAGGGAAAACCUAGAACGAUGGAGGCUGUUGGGGAGUCAAUUAUUUGGAAGGUUAACUUCUCUUUGUGCAAAACACCCACAGACAUAACUAUUUCCUGGGUUUCAUGGGUCACCAGAGGUUUCUCCAGUGGUCUACCAUCUAUGGCCUCAACGGCCAAGGGUGUCUCCGUUCGGAUCAAAUUCAGGGCUGCGGUUUUGGCAAAGGUCUCAUCCAUAAGGUUGUCUGCCGCACCUGAAUCGAUGAGGGCUUUGGUUGUUAUAGUGGUUUUAUUGACCAAGAGAGAAACCGUAAUAAACGGUCUAGAGAUGGACAUAUGAGGGGACAAAGUCAUAACACCCGAGGCCGACCCCUCUCUAGGCCUUAGGUGCUGCAGUUUCCCUGUACUUUAGGGCAGGCUUUACAGUGAUGCCCCCUCUUCCCACAAUAAAGGCAUAACCCCUCCCUUCUACGGUACGCUCUUUCGGCCUCAGUUAACCCCGUAGCACCCAACUGCAUGGGUUCAGGGGAUGGCUGCACAGGAGCGGGUAACGCUAGCAGGGAAGUACUGGGUAGAGCAGGUAACACCCGUGUAUCCAACCGUCUUUGGCUACGCCUCUCUCUAAUACGGUUAUCUAUAAGAAUCACAUAGUCUAUAACAUCAUCUAGAAGAGCAGGUAAUUCCCUGGAUGCUAUUUCAUCCAGUAUAUAAGCGGCCAGACCCUCCUGAAAGGCUGUUACGAGGGCGUCAUUAUUCCAAACCACUUCAGCUGCUAGAGUACGAAAUUCGAUAGUGUAAUCUGCUACAGACCUGUUACCCUGUCGGACCCUAAGCAGAGCCUUGCCAGCAGAAGCAACCCUACCGGGUUGAUCAAACGUGUGUCUGAAAGCUGUCAGAAAAUCAGCAAAGGACAUAGGAGACGUAUUUUCCCAAAUGGGGUUGGCCCAUGCUAAAGCUCUCCCGGACAAGUGGUUUAUCAAAAAGGCAAUUUUAGAUCUGUCAGUGGGAUAGGAGCGUGGAUUCAUCACCAAAUGGAUGUCGAUUUGGUUGAGGAAACCACGACACAAUGCUGGGUCACCACUGUAGCGCUGUGGCGGCGUCAUGUGAACUACAUGAGCGGGAACAGGUACUGGAGUGGGAAUGGGUUCGGGCACAGCAGCAGCAGCCUCCUGAACGGCCGGUUGCAAGUGUGCAGUACGAGCCAGAAUGGUUUGUAAAGCUUGAGCAAACUGAUCCAUACGGUGGUCCAAGCCAUCCAUUCUAGCCUCUUGAUUAACUAGGAGCUGUGGUAUGUCAGCAGGUUCCAUUAUGUCCCUGUUGUAAUGUCACGAUUCGGGGAACCCAACACGCUGGCACACACACACACACACAAAAGGUGCCGUACCGGACCUUAGAGUGGCCGGGCUAAGCACACACAGAAUAGUCAGGAGACAAGCCGAGUAAAGGGGAACCAGAAGACAGAAUAACGUAAAACGAGCCGAGGUCAAAGGGUAGGAGAAAGUCACAGAGUCAGAUAAACAAGCCAGACAGUACGUAACCAGAAGCACAAGGUAAGUAGCAAUACUAGCAAGCAAAGACCACAACAGGGCAAGGAGGAACAGGAAAGGUAAGUAUUUAAACCAUCAGGUUAAUUCUGAUUGGAUGAUUUCCAAUCAGAAUUAACAAUCACACGUGGGAGAUAUUUAGACCUCCCACUGUGAUUGUGGCACUUUGCCUUUAACGCCGGGUCAGGUGACUGACCCCGGCGUGUAUAAACCUGGGCGGUCUCCCAGCGUGCAGCGUCAUGCAUGCUGCCGCUGGGGGACGUGGAGGGAACGGCGGGCGGCAUCCGAGGCUGGAAGGAUGCCGCUCGCCGUACCCACGAGGCGGAGGGGACCGCGGACGGCUGGAGGGUGAGUACUGCGAGCGGAGUGCAGCCUCCCCUCGCAGCCGCCCGCGGGAGCCUGACAGAUUUUGCUGGAUUGGUUAGCGGCAUAAUACCAUAUCAGCAAGGUGGAGGUGUCCAAGGUGACCUUAUGGUGUCUUCCUAGUUUAGCUAAUUUGAUAUACAAAUUACUCAAUGUCUCUCCAUACUUUGUUUUUGUUUGUGUUUCUAUUUUUAUGAGUAGACCUCUUAAGUAACAUUUUAGAGUACACCCCUUGUCAUUCUGAUCUAAACAAAUCUUGAAUUUGAGAUGAAAGAGACACAAUAUUUUCACUUUUACCUAACAAACUUUCUUUAAGUCUCCAUUUAUUUCUAAUUUUGUAUUCCAAUUUGUUCUUAAGGGAGACAAAGAUGGGGGAGUGGUAGGACCACCUUAUUGAGCCUAUUUUAGUAUUUGUCUCAAGUAUUUGAUCCAGUGUAUUAGAUUUUAGCAAAAAAUAAUCAAAACAAGUGUAUGUUUGAUGUACUUGGGAGAAAUAAGUAUGGUCUGGUCCCCUUGGAUUGUUUACUCUCCAGCAAGCAUAUAGCUGAUUUUUAUGCAAAAAUAUUUGCAUUGAAUUAGAUGAGUUUUAAAUCUAAAAAUCAGCCCGAUAUUUGAUAUUAUUCCUGUCGUAUUUAUGAUCCAUUAUACGUUUGAAAUCUCCCCUUAUUAUUAGUCUACCUACUACCAGUUCAUCAAUUUGGUUCAUAAGUUUGUUAAGAACAGAAAUAAUGAUCCCCUGCUGAUCCUGUCUCUAGACACAGAGAAAGCGUUUGAUAGGGUCAGCUGAGGAUUCAUGUUUAAGGCCUUGAAAGCAUUCAAUAUCUAGGGGUGGAUGUUGGAUGCGAUAAGCGCUUUGUAUGCUAACCCUUCAGCAAUAUCUAUAGGCCAAAAUAUAUGUUCCACCUGGUUUGGAUUAGAAAAUGGAAUGAGGCAGGGAUGUCCCCUGUCUCCAAUCCUAUACAUCAUUACAGUGGAAAUUUUUGCUUUAAAAAUAUGACAAAAUCAGUUAAUAAAGGGCCUUAACAUAUCUAAUGGAGACAUAAAAAUAUCACUAUACGCAGACGACACCCUCCUAUAUGUUAAAGACUUAGAAAACUCUCUUCCUCGAUUAAUGGCAGAAAUCGAAUUAUACAACAAUAUAUGAAACUAUAAAUUAAAUAUGACAAAAUCUAUUGCAAUGUACAAAAAUGUAGAAUUAAGUAAAAUAGCCGAAUAUCAAAACAAAUAUAGCUUCUCUCAACCAGAAUAAUUUGUAUAUCUAGGGAUUAGAAUAAAUAAACAUAUAAAUAGACUAAUGGAAAUAAAUCUUUUACACCUCUUAAAAAAUACCAACAAAGAUCUAAAUGAAUGGCGCCAAGCAGAAAUAUCAUGGUGGGGGAGAGUCAACACCCUAAGAGCUUAUGUCCUUUCUAAAUGGAUAUACUUGUUUAGGAUGUUGCUGUUAACAAAUCCUAUUCCAUGGCUAAAAAUGAUUAAAUCAGCAUUUGCUAAUUUUGUAUGGAGAGGCAAAAAGCCCAGGAUAAAAACAGAUAUGCUGGGUAAACAUAUAAGUAAAGGUGGACUAAGUUAUCCGAAUAUAGAAAAAUAUAGAAAAAUACUACGAGGUGGGGAUAAUCUCACAUAUAGCAAUAUUGCAGAGAGAAGUUACAUAUAAAGAGGGUUGGUUCUGGUUAGAAUCCAAAAUAUGUCAAACUAAGAAUUUAGCUAAUAUAGUAUGGAAUAACAAAAUAUGUGAAUACUCUGCCUCCUAUGUGUUAAAUCAUUUAGUUCCUAUUUGGGAAAAGAUAAAAAAGAAAUUAGAAAUUAAAAACAAGAUUAUCGGUUUCCAAAAUAUAGAACACAUUUUUUUUUCUCUAAAAAAUGGAAAGAAGGAAAUAUUAUAAAGGUAGAAGAUAUAUAUUUGGAUAAUAAGAUAAAAUCCUUUAAUAUAUUGAGAAGUGAAGCGUCUCUCUCACCUCAAGAGGCCUUUUCAUAUUUAAGAGUGAACAGCUACUUAAAAAAGUAUAAUUUUAUGAAUCAGGGAGACAUGUAUAAUGCGAUCAAAACUAUAUUUAAUAAUAAUGAAACAAAAAAAACUAUUCUCAAAGAGUAUCAAAUUAUUAGAUACUAGGGUGACAGAAAAUUAUCCAACAGCAAUUAAAAGCUGGGAGAAACUCCUACAUAUUAACAUAGAUAUAAAAAAAUGGUAGGGGGCAUUAAUUAAGGGGAAAUAAAUACGUGCACAGUAUACACCUAAUGGAAAUCCAUUAUAGGGUGAUAAAUAAAUGGUACUUAGUACCUUCUAGAAUGUCUAGAAUAUCAGUAGAUCACAAUAACCUAUUGUGGAGAUGCAUAGAAUCAAGAGGGGACUAUCUUCACAUAUGGUGGAAUUGUAAAAUAGUGACCCCCUUGUGGAGUUGGGUGAGAACUUUGUUAUUCAAACUAGACAAUAUCAAAAUAGAGACUAGCCCAGAUAUGAUGCUGCUACAUUUAAGAUGGCCUACCUUAAAUAAAAGGAAAGCAAAUAUUGGUAAUACACUGCUUGAUAGCGGCGAAACUAAUUAUAGCCAGAAACUGGAAAAAGACACAGGAAUUUUCUAAAGUGAUGUUCAUCCAACAAGAAAAAUUUCAGAUACGAAUGGAAAUAGGUGUAAAUAGAAUUAGAAGUAAUUAUAGAGAUAAUUAUAUUUUGAUUAACUGGUUAAAAUUCAUGGAACAAGAGGAGAAGGAUCUAACACAAGAAAUAAUAUAAAUUAGCUGAUCACUUACUUCCCGACUGUAAAGUAAGUGAUAAGAUACAUUGAGAUAUCACUACUGUACCAAGAAAAUGUAUGACUGACUGAUGAAUGAAUGUGGAUUGAGAAAUGUAUCCCCUAUAAAAUGAGAUGUUAACACCCUCCCUUUAUUCAUUUUAUUGGCUGAGAUACAGACUCUCACAAGAUUAAAUUAAAGAAUGUUAAGAACCAGGUGACAAUUUUAAAAACAUAGGUUAAAUUAGGAUUAAGUUAAGGGAGAGACAGGAGGAGGGAAUACACUAUUGAUGAUGACUCUCUACCAAAGCCUUAAACAAUGAAGUAUUCAAAAAAUAUUUUGGCUGGUACUGUCUGAAAUGAAAAAAAAAAAGAAAAAAAAAAAAACCUACAGCAUGGCUACUAAAUGUUUAAAACUAGGUACUGGGCAGUUAUUGUUGCUUGUAAACACCCCAUAACAGGGAACAGGGCCUUUGAAAUAACAAGAAAGAACAUGGACAUCGGGUGGAGGACAUAAAAAAUAUAUUGUCCCCCACCUGUAGCUAGAUUGGGGGGUUAUUAUAAUAUAAGAAUAUAUUAAAAGAGAUGGCAGGCAGGUAGAGGCUCUAAUAGUAAAAUUCAAGCCUCUGCACAUUUGCCAAUAUAUCAGAGCGCGCCAUGUUUCAAGAAAAAAAAAAUCCGUUUUCAAAAACAAACAUGUAAAAAUGUAUAUUGUAUUUUAUCUGUAUAAGUUUAUCUGUAUAAGUUUAAAAUGGCAAUGUGAUAAUGUGCAAAGACAAAGAUAAUGUAAAAAGAUGGAAUUUUAUUUUGUUGUAAUCUAUGCAUUUUUCAGGAAACUUUACGGACAUGAAACCAACAUGUAGAAUUGGGAUGCCUGUGCCAUAUCCAAGUGGAUAUUUUUUAAAUAAUUUAUGGCACUCAAACUUCUGCAACCUUUCUUCUUUUGAACCUUUGUCUCAAAUCAAUGAGUGUUUAACUGGGAAAUUGAUAUACCUUAUGGGAGAUUCAACACUUCGUCAGUGGAUUGAAUACUUCCAAAAACAUAUGAAGAGUAAGUAUUAACAUUAUUUGCUCUUAUAACUAUGUACAAGUACUUGAUUUUUCUAGACAAAAUAUCCGCAUAUUAGUACUUUAUUAAUUAGAUUAACUGUUGACAUCAGUCUUUGCUUACCAUUUAGCGACAUAAUAUGUAAGUUACCUACCUACUUUGUAUCUUUUUGUUGCUUUAUGUAUCUCUUUACCCCAACCUUUUAUGCUCACAAUAUUAUUGAGUUGAUGCAUGCCUAUAAGAAGAUGCUGAGUGGCACAAAAUGGUAACUAUUGCACAUGCACACUAGCCCCCCAAUGCGUUCCUAUGGGAAAACAUUGGAUGGGCUAAAACCAUCAGUAAUGAUGAUUUCAGCAGAGAGUUAGUGGGGGGGAAGGGCCCACCAAGAGAAAAAAGGUAUAUAAAUCUUAUUUUUAUUUAUUUUAUUCUGUGGGGCAAACUUGUAAAUAGGCCAUACAUCACUCUAACUUUAGGAAUAUAUUAUUGUAUUACAAUGACUACUGACUGCUAACAAAUGCUAACAAUGAUGCUAUAUUUAUAAAAAAAUUAUCCCUAUUUAAUUUCCUCUUAAAAUUAUUCCAGACCUGAAUUUUUAAUGCUUUUAUUGUCAGUAAAUGCUAACAAUUGUAUUGAUUGUAAAACCUUUUUUUGGAUUACUUGCAAAUGUAUCAUGUAGAGUUAUCAAUUUAUUGUCAUCAUUUCAAAUUACUAGUGUUUUAGAAAUGUUACUAUUGAGUAUACAAUAUUUUCGCAUACCAAAUUAAACAAUUUUUAUCUCAUGAUACACAUCAAGUUUUUUUUACCUCACAAUAUUUUUUUUAAUGUUUUUAUUUUUUUCCCAGGCCUCAAGUUUUUUAAUCUUCCUGGACAUGGUAUACAUAAAAGAUAUUUAGCUCUGGACAUGGAUAGGAAUAUAUAUAUUCAGUGGAAGAAGCAUGGUCAUCCAUUUGUCAGCCCAGGUAUCUACUCUGUCAAAGACUGUGCUUACAUUGCCCGUGAAAUUGAUGGACUUCCUGGGAGUCCAAACACCAUCAUUGUUAUUACACUUGGACAACAUUUCAGAGGUUUCCCUCUACGUUUGUUCAUCAGAAGACUACUCAGUGUGCGAAAGGCCAUUGAACGUAUUUUUCAACGAAGUCCUGAAACCAAGAUCUUCAUCAAAGUAGAGAAUUCAAGGGAAAUAAACACAGAUGUAGAACGAAUUAGUGAUUUUCAUGGCUAUAUCCAAUAUCUCCUAUUUAAAGACUUAUUUAAAAGACUUAAUGUUGGAAUAAUUGAUGCUUGGGAAAUGACACAAGCCUUUGCUUCUUACAAUCUUCAUCCUCCAGAGACUGUCACUAGGAACCAAAUCAACAUGUUCUUGUCAUAUAUAUGUUAACUUGUUAUUGAAUGGGGAUUUCUUGUUAUUAAAAAAAAAUAUGAUUUUUGUGGACAUUCAUAAACAUUUACAGUAUUUGGUCCAUAUAGACAG